AGGAGGGUGUGUGGCUCCUUUUAUAUUACUACCUGCUCAGAUCACCUUCAGACCAAAACCACCCCAGAACAAGGCACAAGGCAGGCUAGGCUUCCCAUGGCCUGUAGUCCCUGUGGGAUUGUAGGCUGAGGCUGUGCAGACGGAGGGACCACAGGACAGGUAGGUGGGAACAGAGUGGGUUAUUACCCUAAGGACAGGAAACAGCUGAUCUCCCAUUCCUUGGCCUGUGAGCUGUGUCAGUACCAUAGCUCUGAUGGAACAGGGACUAAAACUAUUAGACGACUGCCACGCAUCUAGUUGUGUGCAAUCCUUUAACUCCUUAGCUGCUGGAUAAGGUUGGAAUACACCGCAAUGCUCUCCUUGCUGUGUGUGUGUGUGUGUGUGUGUGUGUGUGAGAGUGAGAUACACAUUCAUUUGGCUCAAGCUUGAAGGAGGAGAGAGAGAGAGUGAGUGGCUGGGAGGGGUGGAUUGUGCAAAUGUUAACCCUUUAAUUAUGGUAUAGGCUGUAGGCCUAGGAAUCAGCAUUUCCAGUCCCUCCCUGUGUAUGUGUUUUUUUUCUCUUCUUCUUCAGCAGCAGAAGGAUUAAUGAUCUACACAUUGUGACAAGGGUAGAUUUUAAAGCGGGGAAGGGGAGUGGAUCUGUUUUUUUUUUUUUUUUUCAAGGGAUAGAAUAAAGCAGCUAUUAUUCCACACAUUUCCCUUUUUUUGAAUCGAUACGUUGGAAAUGACACUUGAGUCUUGUGGCAUCAUCCUUGCUCUCGAUACAUUGUCUUGUCGCAUUGAAUAAAAGAUGAGAUGCUGGCUGGGCUUGGUCACUGCAAGGGCCUGUGCUUUUGGUUCAGACUGGGGGACAAGCCGCUCUGAUUUGUCUGUAUGGCAGCUGGUGAGAGGAAUCCUGUCCCCAAGCACGGUCUUGUAUCUUCCACCCACUCUCCGGGGAAGCACACGAUACAUCGAUCUGCCAAGAAAGCAUGUUUCUGUUUGCCUGUCUGCUCACGCUUGCCUGUAAAUGAUGUGUUUAUACAUUUUUACCGAACCGUGUUUGUGUCCAAAACAAAAUGUUUGAGCAUAAAUGGCCAUGUGCGAAGCGUGUCACUGCUUGGCAGUUUGUAGCUUUUCCGCUGUAAUCAUUUAAACACAAAUUUAUGGUGAAUCUACAAACCUACUUCCACAUUGAUAGUUGAAUUGGAUUGAUUAAUUCACUGACCUAUCUGCUGUGGCCUUCAGAUAGGGAGUCUGCUGUCAGCUCGCCACAAAUGUUUAACUGAUGUUAUCCUCUACUGUCAUUUUGUGCAUUAGGUAUUUUUUAGGUAUUAUGAUAGCUUAUUAAGAUUAGCAGAGGAUAAUUAAUGAAUGGAGAAGUGAUUUGAAUCACGUGCUUUGCACUCACCCUUAGCAGAUGUUUUAAACCUGCUUUGAGCAUACAGCUGCAUGUAACCAGCAGUCAUGGGUGGCUGGGAAGCUGGUGGAUGUAGGACCAGAACUCCUGUGAGCAGAUAUGGCUGUGCAUGGACAAGUUCUAGUCGGCACAGAUCCAUCUUGGUUUUCUAUGUAGUGAUGACGACUUUUGGCCAAAUAAUAUUUUUAACUAAUACACUCCACGUUGUUACUCAAGAAUUAAACUCUGGUUUUCCCACACAAUCUUAACACAAAUACAAUUUUCAGUUCAUUCAUUUGCACACAUAUUGUCCCCUCCAUUCACACUGUGAUUUUCAGCUCACUGAAGCGCUUACACUAUGCAAAGAUACUAGCCUCCAUUUGCAUGUAGUCUCACCCUCUUUACACGUACACCCCUCCAUUCAUGGACACAUACCAUGUAUACACAGUACAUCUUUCUAUUGGCACACAUCUAUACAAAUAUCUGCAUUUACGUGGAAAUGGUAAUGAAAAAUGUGUUCAUGUGCGUUUUUGAUUAAGAGUAAAUGCUAGGCCCUGCUGGUUUCUCGUGGCAAGACAUUUAGAAACUUGAUGAUUUACUGAAGAAUAUGAUCAAAUUUCCCACUAUUAAAAUGUUGUGGUCCAGCAAUUCUACGUGGAGAAAGAGUUAAGGGUCAUUAAAUUGUUUCCUACAAAGGUGACAUAUCUUAUUACAUUCAGUACUCGCUGCCCAAAAAAUGUAAGUAUGUUUUCAUCCAACUUCCUUUGUACUUUUUAUAUAGACCGCACUAUAUACCUUUUCUUUCUCCCAUAUAUAUGACCGCUGUUGAAAAAGUUGUGACCCAGCUAUAUUCCUAGGUGGGGAUGGUACCACUCAUACCUGCACAUUUUAGUGUUAAUAAAAGCUCUACACUUGUUAGUGCAUUUCCUUUUUUUUCCCCUUUGGCACUUCAGUCCCUUUGUGUUUGCAAUAUUACACUAUAGGAUGUUAUUUUGUCUUUAGAUAGAUAUAGAUAUAUAUUAUAGAUGUAUCCAUAUCCAUUAGUGGGGAAUGCAUGCACCACUACAUGUUGUCACUAUCAGAGCUUGUAUGAUGGCUCUAUAACAUGUGAGUGAGUGCUUACAUACUUUUGUUGUUUAUUAUCCACUCACGCUGUUCAUACUACACUAUUAGUAUCCCUUUUUCUCUUUUCUUCCAUAUACACAUUAUCAGGACGGAUCCAACUAAAUAAGAACUUGGGCCAUUAGAAACAGAUUUGGACUAUAUAUUUUAUCUCUGAUUGCAUGAUAUCUUUUAAUUUUUGCACUAUUUUAUUGCUUUGUUUUGGUGGAACCUGGUUCCUGUAUCUUUUAGUGAUAUUUUAUUGAUUGCCUGGAAUGUAAAAAUGUUUUUUAUUAAACAGUCUUUCAAGGUUAUUAUAAAGCAUGAAUUGGCAGGAAUUCGAAGCAAAUUGUGAAAGUUCAGCUCGAUCUUCAAAUGGCUACUUUGGCCUAUAAUUUUUAUAUUCUCUUCCAGACAUCUCACAAUUGAGUAAUUUUGUGUAAGAGUUCCAUAAAGUUUCUGUUUUUAUGAAGAACCCAAAAGUUACAGUUCUGCUUCUAAUAAAAUAUUUUUUUCUGUUUUUGUUUUCUUCUUAGUUUUAGCCAGUAAGAGGUUCACAUUGAAGGCUGAUAUCUUGCCCGCUGUUAGUUAUCAAGGUCUGAACACCUUUCAGCAGAGUUGCUGUUGUAGCAUGUGAUGCAGGAAUCCUCAAUGCCAUUUUCUGCCUUGUGGUUGUUAGGAAGGUUGGGAGCUGUUUAUCCUUUGCUUGUUAGCUGCAGAUUCCAAAAUGGUUGAGGAAGGCCUGUUAUACUUGGAACUAAAUUCAGUGUCUGAAAUAAAAUCUGUACUGUUUCAUAGAUGUACGUAGAUACAAUUUCUCAUAGGAUCCAAAGUCAGAUAUUAAAAUCCUUUGUUUAAUGACUGUUAGGAUCCCUUCGUCUUGGGUCUUAGCCAAUCAUAUCGUUAACCCUUUUAAAUCCUACUUAGAACAAUAAAAUAAUAUAACCCCACACACUUGACACCUAAUGGAUUUUAUACUAAAACUGCUGUUGUAUGCCAAUCAUACUUGUAUACUAAUGAUAUCUUAAUAAUUUGUGCCGCUAUGCAAAGUGCGCUGCUGUGUAUUCUUGUGUGUGUGAAGGGUUUAAACAUUAUUCCCAUAGAAGAUGCCGAGGACCUUUCAUGGAUUUCUGUUUUUCUUGUUUGUUGUCACUGUGUGCGAUUUAGGACCGACACAUUGACAUCCAGAAUUGACACCUGAAUAUAACACAGCUGGCUGGAUGGUAUAUACCAUGCACUGCGGUAUAUAUUAUUCAUUGUGUUUCACAAUUUUUUUUUAAAGAAGAUGUGAGACUGGAGUAAUGUUUGAACCCAAUACGUAAAAGCAGACAAUACACAAACUGGUUUUAAUGGAAGAUCCUGCUGGAGUGGUGGACCUCCACAGAUGAUAUCGCUCCUGUGCAUUGACCAGAUGUGUCUUCGGUGUAUAUCUUCUGAUUAUGUGAAUCCCAGUUAAAAUUCCACAGCUUUCUAAAUGAGUUAAAAAAAAAAAGAUAUUUCCUGUAGGAAAAAGUAACCGUACCUCUGUAGUAUAGGUGCGUGAGAAAUGUGAGUAAAUUUGCAUGGAAGCUCUUUCUGUGCUUUUCAGAAAUUAUGUUCACUUGUAGUUCUGUGUUUUGUAUAUCGCUCGGUAAAUACAAAGUACACAGUCAUGGGCUAGUGGUGGCUGUAAGAUGUGUCAGGCAUUCACGCACACAAUUUAUUCAUGAUGAAAUCGUCAAUAAAUAGAUUUUUCUUCUUACUUUGCAUUGCAAAAUGUAAUGCUUAUGUUACCUUCCGAUUUGAUUCCACUCUGCUCUUCACCUGGCAGUGAAACCGGUUUCCCCACUGGGUCUGAGUCACUGAACUGUAAAUGAUGUCACCAGCCGCAGCUCAGUCUAUCUGUAAAAUGAUGCUGAAUUGCAGCUCAGAGAGAAGGCAUUGUAAGGCAGAGUUCCGGGUGCAUGUAAAGGUUUAUAUUUGCAAAAUUAUAUAAUUCAGAGCCCUUUGAAAUACAGGUGCCUCGUUUUAGCCCCCAAAAUAUGCAGUCAGUAUGUUUACUUUCUGAUAGUAUAUUGGAGCAGUCAUCAGACUACCACCAACAUUAAGAACACCCGUCAGUAGAUUAUAUGACCAUUUAUGCGACACUGCUUUAUAUCUUAUACCUUAUUACACCCUCCCCAUACUUGUGCAAAAAAUAACCCAUGAAAAUGAAUCCUGAAAGUUGACAUUAUGUUGUUUCUUAGAUAUUCUAACACGUCGUUUAUGUUUUGUCUAUGUAUCAUGAUCUUUAUCCCGGCUUCAAACAAAUGUUACUUAUAUCGUUCUUUGAAAAAUAAAUAAAUAAAUGGUAAUGCAGUUGUUGAACGUUGAUAAUAAAGUCAUUCCUGGGAUAUCAUUCAAUAUACUUGUAAAAUAUAACAUAUCAUUAUAUGCAACAUGCACAAUGGUGUCUCUCAUCCAUCCACCUACUUUGUGAAGCUAGAGGGAGAUAGUGUCGCUUCUAUUUAAAGUAUACCUGUCAUGGUACACACAAUGUAAUAAUAAAUCAUAAAAAUCUUAUUCAUUCUAUUCUGCUAGAAGAAAUAGUAUCAUAUCUAUACAUUUGUAUUUCUUUGUUGCCGUAAAACUAUUUACACCCACCAAAAUGUGCUCCCUCUCCUACAUGUGAACAAUUCUUGGCACAGAACUCAAAUCUGACAGCAUAGAGGUCAAUGCUGAUAGCUGAGUGAUUGGAGAGCUUAUUAUAGAGGUUUUUAAACUGUGUCUGGUCCAAGGUGUAUGUCUGUCUAUGGCUGAAGAUUUUUUAUAAAGACUUACUUUAACACAGUCUAUUUCCUUUCAGAAUUUUCUUAAAGGAUCACUAUAAUAUUAAAAUAGAGAUGACAGUUGUCCUAUAAAUAUUGACCUAGAUCACACAGCACCUUUUAAAAUUCUAUUCUUUAACUGGCGUGAUCACCCAACAGGUGAGACACAAAUAGGGGAUGUUCUGAUUGGGCGGAUCUGUCAUCAUUUUAAAUUUCUGUAGGUAUGCUGUGAAUUUAAUGAGGAUAUGAUAACUUUAAUUUAUUACGCUCAGGUGUACAGUGUCAACCGAUAUAAUCUUAGACAUAUGUGCUUCUUGCUUUACGUUUUCUGAAAGUGUGAGUUGAUUGUCUGAACCUGUUUUCUGGUAUAAACUAUACUUAUACUCUCUCUAGGCUAAUCAAUUUACAUAUCAGCUUGUCCAAUCAUGACAAUCUAACAUCGCGUCCUUGUAUGUAUGUAUGUAUGUAUGUAUGUAUUUUUUUCUUUAUGGACGGAGACCAAAAUGAUAUACAUGACCUUAACUCAGCGGCCAUUCUACAACUGCAAACUCCUUAUGGAGUUAUUCCCUCAAGUGAGAAUUAUCGGAAUUCAAACGGAAUUACAAAGUUUAGGCCUUAGUAGCUGAUUUAGAUAAUGUCAGUUCUGUUCUCGUUUAGGUUAUUUUAGUCUUAAAAGGACACUAUAGUCACCAAAACAACUACAGCUUAAUGUAGAUGUUCUAGUGAGUAUAGUCAGUCCCUGCAGGCAUUUUGAUGUAAACACAGCUUUUUCAUUGAAAAGGCAGUGUUUACAUUGCUCCCUAGGGACACCUCCAGUGGCAGUCACUCAGAUGGCUAGUUGAGAUGCUUCCUGGGUUAGUACUGCACAAUGUACAGCUUCUACAAGCUCUGCAUGGAGACACUGAACUUUCCCCAUAGAGAUGCACUGAUUCAAUACAUCGCUAUGGAGAGUUGUUGAUUUGGCCAGCGUGGUGUUUGGCUCCACCUCCUGCAUCACCUUUCCUAUAGGAAAGCAUUGGAUUGGCAGAGGUCAUCAGUUUUGAUGAUCAUCAUCAAGGAGGUGGAUCAUAGGCAGAGCCAGCGCUGGCAGACUCAUGCAGUGCAGGAAUAAAAGUAUAUUUUUCUACCUUUUUAAGGGGGGCAGAGAGUGGCCGGUGGCUUGCAUGGUAUGUCUUCCUCGCUCUAUAGUAUUCCUUUAAAUGUGAAAUUCACUUUGAUUUUCUGGCAAUUCUCACUUUAGUGAAUAUCAAUCAUAGUGAUCAGUGUCUUCAGUUGUAUUCUAUAGUAAAAUACAUUUUACACAACACCUUCAUUAGACUCGUUAGUGUAAUUAUUAGUUGUGUACAAAUCCUUUUUACAUGCAACAAAUAAAUCAAAUUCCUGUUAAUCUACACCUGAACCAAUUGAUCCGUCCCGUAAAUCCUGAACAGAUCGAUUCGUUCAGGCGUAGAGGGACAGGAAUCUGAUUGGUUCAUCCCAGCUGAAAAGGAUUUAUGCACAAGUCUAGUAAUUCUUUAUAAACACAAGUGAAGUAUUCAAACACAUUGUUCAUAUUAUUGUCAUAGGUUCUAGUAUGGGUUUAAUAUUAUUUAAUGAAGUAGUAACAUCUUCUGCAACUGUUUCCACUGCACUGCACACUUUCUGAGCUCUUUGAACUGUGAGUCACCAAGGGUAGAAAAUUUUCCCAACACCAUGACUGCCACAUUUAAAAAAUAAAAUAAAAAAGUCUGAACAUAUAUUACCCAACAUUCCUAACUGUAUGUGUGGUUUGUGGAUGUGAUAGAUGCAAAGGGUAUUCUAGAACAACUUUGUUGCCGUCAUAACCUCCUAAUAGAAAUAUUGUGUGUGUGUGUAUAUGUGUAUAUAUACGUAUAUGUGUGUGUGUGUGUGUGUAUGUGUGUAUAUAUAUAUAUAUAUAUAUAUAUAUAUAUCUAUAUCCUUUUAUUUCAAAAAUGAAUUUGUCAGAUUUUAUUUACACAAGCUAAUUUCUAGACUACAUUUUAUAGUUAAUAGACAAUGUGCUAUGACUUCUGUUACUGUGUAGCUUUGUAUUACACUCCUGCUCUCAAAUGCCUCGAAAAAGGGACAAAAUGAUCUAAAUCUAAAAUGUACAUUUAAGCAGUUAUCCUUUUCUAGUUAUUCAUUGGAGUAAAUAAUUUUUUUGUAUAAUUUAUUUUAUGGGAUAUUUUACCUUGUUGAAUAUUUAUGUUCUAAAAUGACUACGAAGACGAUCUCAGAACUACAUCGCCCAUGAUGCUUUGCCAGCCUUAUAGUUGGUAAAGCAACGUUUGGGUUUUGCAGUAACUGGGAGAUCUACCUCUAUGGCACCCCUAAUGUGACGCUGUCAAUCCUGAUGGAUAUGUAUUGUUUCAAAUAUGCAAAUAUGGCUGUUUCCAAUGGGGUUAGUUAAAGGAUCACCACUAUACAACCCUUAGGUCCACCCCACUCUCAGGGCCCCCCUCAUUUGGCGCUGAAGGGGUUAAAACCACCUUAAUCCAGUGCCGGGCUCCCUCUGCGCUGGUGACCUCUCCUCCCCCUCCGACAUCUGCUCCUGAGUGGAGCAGAAUGCGCAUGCACGGCAAGAGCCGCGCGCGCAUUCAAACAGUCCAUAGGAAAGCAUUUCUCAAUGCUUUCCUAUGGACGUUCUGCACGCUGGAUGAGAUUGUCGCAUCCAGCGUCGCAGAAGCGCCUCUAGCAGCUGUCAGGAAGACAGCCACUAGAGAUUGGAUUAACCCUGCAAUGUAAACAUAGCAUUUUCUCUGAAACUGCUAUGUUUACAUCUGAAGGGUUAAAAUCUGGGGGACCUGGCACCCAGACCACUUCAUUGAGCUGAAAUGGUCUGGGUGACUGUAGUAUCGCUUUAACUAGGUGUUUUGGAAAAAAACAAACAAACAAUGCUUUUUUGAAGAACCACUAAAUAUUAAAGUAGCUUUUGCUGUUGUGGGAUUUUUUUUGAAAGCAGUGUGCACCUUGUACACUGUUCCUUUCCCUUACUAGACCAUCAGUAUUAAAGAAACGUACAGGCACCAUAACAACCUAAUCAAAAUUCUCCACUCCAGUGCUGAAUCACUCUGCCCCACCAUCGUCUACUUGCUGUAUAGCUUAAAAACGGUAGCACCGGACUGCCAUGGGCAGUGUCACCACUGAUUGGAUUAGAGUGGUCAGAUAGAACUUUCAAACAGAGGCUUCCUAUUCAUAAUAAGUACCUGAGAAAAAUAUGUACACUUUCAAGCUGUUUUGUGAAUAGGGAGCCACUGAUUGGUCGAGAGCAUCAGCUGACGCACUAAGCCAAUCUGCGGUGCCCCUGCCUGUGGCAGUCCUAGUCUUCUGUUUUCAUGCAUCUUAGCAAGUAGAUGUUGGAGGCGGCAGAGUUAUCUGGUGUUGUGAAGGAGACUUUCAAUGCUGUUGUUAUGGUGCCCAUAAUGCUUCUUUAAUUUAAAUUAAUAAUAAACCUUUCUUUAACCUCUAAAGGUACAGGGAUCUCAUAAUAACUUAAUUUCAAUUAAAUUGUUAUGGUGAACAGAGUUAAUAUUAACUAGAGAGCAGACAAUGUAGGAUAUGGUGUUUGCAGUAUCCCAUAGAUCUCUGUCUCUAAGAAAGCAUUCUCACGAAGCGGUUACAAUGUUCUACUUUUGCCUUCUGAUCUGGAUGAUAUGUUGAGGAAUAGUACUUGUGAUAUUAUUAUUAUUAUUAUUAUUAUUAUUAUUAUUUUGUUAUUUAUAUAGCGCCAGCAAAUUCCGUAGUGCUAUACAAUGGGUGGACUACCAGACAUGUAAUUGUAACCAGACAAAUGGAUGCACAGGAACAGCUAUGUUAAAGUAAAAUAAUUUUUAAAGCAACAUUUCAUUUUUUUCCUUCCUUUUUUAGGAUGGUUAUGGUGUAGGUGCUGUGCCAAGAGACCAAGAUGAGCGUCACUUCGUGGUUCCUGGUGAGCAGCACUGGCACUCGCCAUCGGCUGCCUCGGGAGAUGAUCUUUGUUGGCCGUGAGGAGUGCGAACUCAUGCUUCAGGUAAAGCUCUCUGCUUGUCCGCAAAUUAUAUACUACCAGAGGCGUUACUUCUAGAGCCAGCUGCAGUCCAUAAAACUGAUGCAGCAGUAUAUUUGUAUGUUGUGUGUGUUUUUUUUUUUUAAAUUUGUACCUGUAUAAAAGUUGCAAGUAUCUGUUUGCUAUCAUUAUUAAAAUGUAUAGGGGGAUUUUGCAAUAUAUUUGAUCACUAAAAGCUCUGAAAUAUCCACUCAUGGAGAUAAGGAUCAAUUGAGAGUGUGACCAAUAAGUGUGCAUUCUCCAUACAAGUGCUUGUACAGGCAGGAAGAAACAUGGCUUCUUCUGAUCAGUAAAUAAUGAGCAGAAGGAAGACCGGCUAUAUUGCAAGAAGGUCCCCUGUGCCUAUCAUGUGGUCUGGCAAGAACUUCCAUAGUCCUCUGUAUUGUAUUCUCGGAAACAUACAAUAUUGGCAUGACAUACCACUUAACAUUUCAAAUGGACAAAGAGGGGGGUUGACUGGUGGCAUGACCAGGGGUGGGGCUGUUCUGAGAAACUUUAGGAGACUUACUAAUAAUUUAUGCAACUAAAAUGUAAUUUAGAACUAAUGCAAUGUAUCUUAUUUACGGUUUUUAGUUUUGUAGUUGUAUCUGGGAGUAUUAAUGCUGUUGAGCUCUGUUAUACACAGAAAAAAGGAUAGAGGGAUUUUGGCCCCCAAGGUAACUGUCCCUCUUACAUAGCUACGUGGGUGGUUUGCCAUGGUCUCCUGAUGGAUGAACUGAGAGGAGCUGAAACAGAACCCACAACAAGAUGGUGGAUCAUCCAAGUAGAGCUUCAGCUUGGCUUCUCCACUCUGCCACCACACAUUAAAGUUACUAGACGUGCGUUCAUUUUCGUACGAAUAUGAUUUUGUCUGAAAAUUCUGUUUUUUUUUCCAUAUUCGUUUACUAAAACGUAACCGAAAGCCCUACAUACGAAAUAUAAACGAAACACCAAAUGCAUUACCUUUUCGCUUUGUUUAGUUCGUUUAGUAGACUGUGUGUUGCAGGGGAAAUUAACCCCCACAGCACAGAAAAAAUAACAAUGCGUACGCGCGCAAAAAAACCCAAGGAGGGCGUCGGCAGCGCUACCAACUCACUCCUUGUUAUAAUAUUAAUUCCUACUCCCCCUCAUCUGCAUUCAAACUUAUGGGGGUCAUAAGUAGGGGCAUGUCACCUAAACAGCGAGCGGCCAGUUUAGGUGACAUGCCAAUUGGACAGAGUAAUCGUGUGUAUGUUUUUACUGUAGUCUAGUCUCAGGUCCAGGGGGACCUGCAUAUAAGGCCAGUUGUGGCUGCCAAUAAAAGAGUUCCUGCUUACCCUCAACAUAGUCUCAUCUCGUGUGGGGAAACUGCUAUAUCUACCCUGGGGAUUGCUAUAUCACUAUACUCCCCCGGGAUUAUAAAAACGUGCUCUUUUAAGAGCAAAUUGCUACACUCUCUUGGAGGAGAGGUCUACUCACUGGAAGCUGGAUCCUGGUCUAGGGUCCAGGGUGGGUGGAGGACAGCGAGACCCCAACCAAGCUGUUACGCUGGAAGUGGGGACUACAGUGCUGAUGGUGUCUGGUGGAGUGCUUGGAGUACUCGGUGAGCACUAGGAGCAUCGAUUGGCGGAGGCACCCGGUCUGGGACAACCUAAUUGCAGGGCGUGGGAAGGCUUUCCCUGCCCUGCGGAGCUCAUUCUGCGGUGUCCUCGCUGGGUGAAGGAUGAUUGUUUUUAGUGUGGGAUUUUAUUUUUUCUGCUUAUUUUUUUUUUUUUUUUUGCACUCUAGUUUUUUAUUUUAUUUGAACAGUUGCAACGGGUAUUAUGGAUUUUUAUCUGGCCUUUUUUGGGGCUGAAGAAGGAAAAGCAGAAAGAAGACAGCUAAUGGUAAAUACGAAAUUUUAUUUUACACGGUUAGUUUAUUGCUCCCCCUCACUAUUAUUAGGCUGAGGGGGGGGGGUAGGUAGGGUAUUUUUAUUUGGGGGGAGUGACUAGGGGCUUGGGGACCCCUAGUCACUUUAUAAUUUGUGGUCCCCACCAGCCGGUCAUGGAUGCGGACCAGGGGGGACAUUAGGUUCCCCCCUUUAAUUAAUUUGGGUCCUCACCCGCGGCUCAUGGGUGGGGAUCAGGGGGAGACAUUAGGUCCCCCUGUUUAUAUUAAUAACCCCCACCUCUGGGUCACAGGUGGGGGCACUGUCUCCCCCCAUUUUAUUUAUUUGGGUUCCCCACCAUGGGGCCACUGGCUACUCACUGUUUAGGCGACAUGCCCCUACUUGUGGCAUGCUGUGAGUAGGGGCAUGUGGAAGGAUUUAACCUCCCUUUUUUAAUACGGGGGUCAUAGUGACCCUCAUAGGGUUUAAUGCAGAGGAGGGGGAGUAGGAAUUAAUAUUAUUACAAGGAGGGAGCUGAUAGUGCUUUUUUGGUAGGGGGGUUUGUGCAUGUGCAGUGUUAUUUUCGUCCUAAAGGACAAAUACUAAUUAUUUUUUUUUUAGUAAAGAAUUUCAGUCGAAAAUGAAUGGUUUACGAACUAAAUUUGGGAUUGCCGAAUGAAAUUUUUAUUUAGUUUGAAAUCAUUCGUACGAAAUGAAAAUUUCACUGGUGCACAUGUCUAAAAGUAACACGAUAGGCACUCAGACCACGUCAUCUCAAUAAAGUGUUCUGGGUGAGUUGAGCAGCAAGAUCAGAGCUACCUCAGGGCCUCCAGUGUGAGCCUGCCUGCAUGACCACCCAUGCCUGUGACUGCCUGCCCAUCUAUACCUGCAUUCAUUGCAAGCCCCACUGGACCAUCGGGAAGAAUUCAUUCCAGCACUCCUAAAGGCUGGAUCAAUUGAAAUGUAAACAUUUUUUUAAAAAAAGUGUCUGCUAGUAUUAGUGUUUGUGGCUGUUAGUGAGAGUUUGUGUCUGUCACUGAGUGUGUAUGUGUUUGUCAGUGAGCGUGUGUAUCUGUCACUGAGUGUGUGUCUGUCAGUUAAUGUGUAUGUGUGUUUGACACUGAGUGUAUAUAUGUCUCAGUGACUGUGUAUGUGUGAGUUUGUGUGUGCAUCUGUCAGGGAGUGUGUCUGUCUGUGAGUGUGAAUGUGUGUCAGUAACUGUGAGAGAGUAUAAUUGUGAAUAUGUGAGUGUGUAUGUCUGUGAAUGUGUAUGUUUAAGAGAAAUGUGUGUGUUGGUGUCUGUGACAAUGACUUUGUAUCUGUCAGUGCAUGCAUCCUGUGUCUGACAGGAAGAGAACUUUGAUGGGGUGAGGGUGUGCGCCCAGGUUUUGUCAUGCCUAGGGCAGCACAAAACCAAAAAACACCACUGAUCUCAAGGGAUAUUUGCAAACUACACAAAGACUAUGCAAGUAGCUGUGCCGCUUUAAAAGCUGCCUGAAACAUCCUAUAAUGUUUUCUGAUUGAAGGAUACUCAUCGUAUUGGAGUCAGUAGAUAGUCUGUUUGUUUUUCAUUUCAUAGUGAUUUCAUACACACUUGAAUAAAUUGAUGUACCAUCCUGGAACUGACAGCAUCGUUCACGCACGGCAUUGUGUGUAAUGUGAGCCCGAGUUAAAGUUGGCCUUUGUGCUGCUUAAUUUAACAAUAAUUUCUGACUGAGGUGUUCAACUCGUGGAUAUUCUGGGUGUGGGGAAAAGUGUCAGCAUUUGAUUCCUUUAAUAGAACCUGUUGCUUAGCCACCAUAUCAGAGUGCUUGUGACAGUAACAUACAGCAUAUAAUGCUUUAUUCACUCGCUCAGCAAAAUUGCAACCAAUAUACAGAUCUAGAGAAACAAGAUUGCAAAUUAUUUAUUGAGGUAGGUUCUUGACAUGGGGUUUAAUAUCAUAUGCAGGGUCAUUUCUAAUAAUGGCACCUGCUAAUCACUUUUAAAAACUCUUUCGUACAUUUCUCACUGUGUGCCGUGUAUAUAUACACGCAGAUACACACGUUGUUAGUUAGGAUUAGGAGAUGGGCAUGUGCCAAAGGUGGUUGAUAACAGUGAUGUGUCCGAGAAUCCUACCACUGCGCUAUCAAACUGGUUCUAGAUCAGAGGAACUAUUUUUUUUUAAGAACUUUACAUUUUAAGACACACUAAUCACCAUAAGCACUACAGCUCAUUGUAGCAUUUAUGUUGCAAAUAUAUUGUGGGUCCCCUUUUGAUUGUGUCAAACCGUUAUUAAACAGUUUGACAAAUCCGUGUUUUCUCAACAAUUGCACCCAGGCCCUCUGCUGUCACUCAGCUAGUGUGGAAGUGAAAUGAAUUUACCUAUAUCAUGCAGCAGUGGCUGGCUGAUGGUGAUGGUCUAACUUACACUCAUAUCGUACCAUUGUUGUCGUGUUGUGAAGUUCACUUUAAUAUUAGCCAACCCACAGCAGAGGAACUGGGCUGUAGGUGCUGAGAGCCUGCGUUUUUGUUUAACCACCCAAACUGUUUAACACAAACCAGAAGAUGCUAAAUGUGGAUUAUUUGCACCGUGAUCAAUAUAUCCCUUGUUUUUUUUUUUUUUUUGAUUUUUUUUUUUUUUAUAAUUUUGGAGAAGCUUUUCAAUUGAUUUAUUAGUUUGAAAAUGAUUUUAGUAUUUUUAAUAUAUUGAUAUAAUUUUAACAUUUUGAAACAAAAAAUAUUUAAAAAUGUUAUCCAAAAAUAUGAAAUCGAUACCAUAAAGAACUGUGGUGGUUAUGGUACUUAAACUGUCCCUUUGCCUAAUGGACUUCUGCAAAAAUAUAUAAAAUGUGUGUGUGUGUGUCUGUCUAUGUAUGUGUGUGUGUGUAUAUGUGUGUGUGUGUGUCUAUGUAUGUGUGUUUGUGUGUGUGUGUGUGUGUGUGUGUGUGUAUAUAUGAUUUUAUUUUUUUAAAUUAACGUUUUUAAUUUUAAAUUAAUAAAUAGAACUCUUACCUACACCAUUCACAAAGGUUGAUUAGGUUUGCGGUGCCUUCUGCCACUUAACACCAACCUUGAACUGAUUUAUAGUUUGAGAAUCUUUUGUAAAUCUGAACCGAAUCAAUUGGGAAGAUCCAACAUUUUUCGCCAUGCCCAAGUCUAAUAAUUUCUCGGUAAGAGUGCAAUCAAAAUGCGCUUUCUUUUGGUGGCUUGUGUUAUUAUAGGGCGAGUAGAGACAUUUAUAUAAUUACUUCAACAUGUGGAUCAAAAGCAUUGACACGUAUAAAGUAGGACUUUUUAAAUAGUUGGAUUAAGACAUGCCAAGGCAGUACUGUGAGUGCAAACUUGGGGCUGUCCCCUGCAGCUCUUGUACACCAGUACUUAAUUCACAAAAGCAGGGACUGGAGUCAGCACUGUCCUGUCCAACUUGCUGUGGACAAUAGGAGGACCCUUUGAUAAUUGUGGGUCUGUUAACCAAUUAUGCUAAGCAGUGUUUAUUGUUUAAGUCCCUCAGCAUUUGUAAGUCGUUAUUUUCCCAGGAACUCGUUUGACAAGUCUAGUGCUGAACGAAGACACAGACUUAUUUUAUAUUCUCUGAUGUGAUAUAUUUGUUUAUUUAAAGGUGGAGAUAACGUGACUCAGUCUGUGUCACUUACUCUGUAUUUUAUAAUUAUUACCAGCUAUGACUAAACACGAGAAACGUUUCUGCGUGCCCUACAAAUCAUGGCGGAAAAUGUUUAAGGACAGUUGUAACGUGAGACGCUUCAAAUCUUAUGAAAUACAAUCCCUGCUUUCUGGGAAUUUUCAUUAUUAUUAUUAUUAUUAUUAUUAUUGUAGUUAUUUAUUUAAUUCUUAGGCAUGUUUGAAUUGCAAACUGAACAGACAUUGGAACAAACCGUUUUAAAUUGUGCCCUGGUCUGUGGUGGUGGGUUCUGUGAUAUUGCACUGGAGACAGUAUGAGCCCCUAAACUGGUCUCUUUACAUAUAACUAGAUACACAAUAAAGCCAUACAGUAACAUCUUCCUGUUUUUGAACCAGGGAAUGCUGCUUUUACGUUGUUCUGUUUUUUUUAUUUUUUUUUAUUUUAGAAGUUUAAAACUAUGGAGAGGAACUAAAGUUAAGAAUUGUGAGGAACUGAAAGUGAAUUUCAAAUCUAAGCCAGAACUAGAUGAACACAGCUGUUUGGAUAAGUUUUCUAGUUAAGCUAUUUGGGUCUAUUUUUUUUUUUUUACUUAGUCUCCCCUCGAGCCCCCCCGCUAAAUUAUUAUUAUUUUUUUUUUUUUCUGCAGUUCUGCAUAAGGAAACUAGGUACUGGAAAAAUUUCAAGAUGUCAUCGCCGUGAAUCUAGAAAUCUGUACUUAAAACCAGUCCCCGCGCAAACCAGAGGGCAAAAAAACAAAAUUACACAGCUGGUUUGAAUUUUAAAUUCACUUUUAAUCAAAUUUGCGUUUCCAACAAUUCAGUUAAUAACCAUCUCUAAGUGUUUUUAACUGUAACUUGAACAAGUUGUGAUAAUGUCAUCAUCUAUCAGAGUCCCCCAGACCCCCGAGCGACAGCCCCCCUUAAGUCAUGACUGCGAGUCCAUUAAUGCAGCUCUGUAUUCAGGUAAUUGAACCACCCGCCCUUCACCCCAUAUUAUCUGUAGCACAGGCAAACUAUUGAUUGUGUCAAUGUUUAUUCUACCUUUUAUCUUUAGGAAAAACAAUAGAACAAACCCUAGCCAAGGGUUGUUAGUUGUUUAACUCCUUCGUCAAAUCCCUUAAGAAAUUUCUCUCCUACAUUUAUUCUAGUUUUUUGUUGUUUGUUAGCUUUGAUUUUAUUAAGGAGCAACCUGUUUUUUUGUAAAGUCUUGCCUGGUGUAUUGUACCUUUCUCUGGAGCCAUUUUUACUUCAGGGUUUAUUGCAUGUCUGUGUUUUGCCUUUUGUGCAUGCACACUGUUUUCACUGAUCUAUGCUUCUAUAUUGUUAAAAACACAAACCCAACCGUGCGAUACCUCUAUGUAUUUCCUGACGCCCCACUUCUCAUGGAGGACUUCCUUUUCUGAGCACCCAUGGGGGACCGCCGUACUAGCACUGUCAUUCAAAAUAACUGCCACCACUUUACACUUUGACAUACCUUUGCAAAAUAUUUAUUUUUGGCACUGAAUUGUUUUACGUAUAUUUAUGCAAAAUUUUCAACAAGCCUACAUGACAUUGUAACGUAUGUGUCUCUUUGAAUGCUUGUCUCAAAAUAAAGAAUAAAAAAAACUACAAAAAAAUAAAUAAAAUAAAAAUACUUUCUGGUUCCCCCAACAGUCGGUCUGCUCUAACACAUUACAUGAGAGCCUAAUCAUAUGCCUCAUGUAGGUCGAGCCAUCUGCAAUCUUUCAUAAAAAGGUAUGCCUGGAACUUCGCCAUACUUCUCUGUUUCGAUACGGUCCUACUCAAACUAGGAUGGAUGGCCAUGGACCACAUUAAAGUAUUUAGGGGACCAGUACUUUGAGAACUCUUCCCCAAUCCAAAUUCCUCUCUAACUCGAAGUCCCCUAAACUAUCCCUAACCCAACCCCCAACAUUUGUAGAUCGUACAGAGCUCUCCAUACUGUGUGAUUGCAACAUUGACUCUAACCAUGCUCUGCACUGUGUAAUCCAGCAAUGGGGAUGGCAUGAAGGCAAUGGCAAUUCACAUCUUUUUCAGACCGUCAUUAUUCUCUCACCCAUUGGGGAAAUUCCCAGUGAUGCCACCCAAGACUAAUUACCGUAGAUGUGUACAGCACUCUCUUUGUUACAAUAAACAUGAUGAAACUGACACUGUAAACCAUGGUAAAUAAUACAUGCACACUUAUACUUUCCUGUUACGCACUUACUGUCGUGUAUGCAUAGGCGUGCGCACGGGAUGUGCCUAUUGUGCCUGGGCACACCCUAAUCCCCGCGACCCGCCUAUGGAUUGAGUCCUGCACUUUUUUUGAGCAGGAACACCGUUCCCGCUGUUCCUGCAGUCACUCAAAUGCCAAAUGUGUUCCCCCUGUCAUUGGGGGGGGGCCAAGAGGUUACGGACUCCACCCCCGGCGGGCGCCUGUCUCCAUAUCAGACGUGGCGAGAGAGCUGUGUCCUCUCUGCUCCCUCUUGCCGCGCGCCGUUUGCUGGUGCCGAGAGCCCUAAUAUGAUGUCAUAUUCCGGCUCCCAGCAUGAGCAGAGAGGACACAGCUCUCUCACUGUGUCUGAUAUGGAGACAGGCGCCCGCCCCACUGGACCCCGGGGACAGGUCCACACCAGCUCUCCAGGUAGGGAUGUAUAUGUAAAUGGACAAAAUAGGGAUACAGCUGAAUGACUAAAAAACAUAAGAAUACAUAGUACAUAGUGAAGUACCGUCACAGUGAUAAAAUAUAAACUUCAAUGAUUGCACUCACAAAAUAGUGAUGGAUAAUGCGCCUUUAAGCCCUCAAGGGCUGCAGUGGUAUUCACCCUCCACGAAUAGGUUGCUCUGUCUUCAAAGAAGUGGGAGUAUGCCAGUGAAGUAUAAAAAAUUCUUUUUUUUAUUAUUAUUAAAGGCACUAAUAAGCCUAUAUCAAAAAAUCAAUAGUUAAAAAUAUACAAAUAAUACUGCAUCUAACGCGUUUCGUCCAUACAAAUUGGACUUCAUCAGAGAGAAUUUUUUGCAGUAUACACAAUAUGUCAAAUACAAAGCAUGCAUAAUCCCACCCCCAACAGAGUCCCUUAAAUAUAACCAGUCCGAUUGUUGAUUGGAGAGUUCCUUUGUAGGCAGUCCCUCUUCAAUAAAAUCAAUAUUUUCCAGGUGAUCGCCACCUUAAAAUUCGCGGCUAAGACCAGCUGGUAAUCCGUCCGGUAAUGUUCUGCGUUCCAAAUCACAACUUCCGGUUGCGUUCCACACAUGCAUUUCCGGUGGCGAAAUAACCACGCACGUCACAACCACUGACGUUGUGUUCCAAGAUCGGGCCCAUGCGUUCCAAACGACCGGCCCUCUGAAUUGCUAAGAAGACUAAAAGGAGCAGUCUUAGAAUAAUUUGAACAUCAAAAUAACCAUUCUCAUAAUACAAAUUCGACCACAUCAAAUUUGAAAAAGGACUUCAAUCCUCUGCCACAAAGUAACUAAAUAUUAAUAGAAAUCUAUUAAUAAUGAAAAAAAGUGAAUAAUGUGUACAAAACAAUAAAGAAUAAAAUAAAAUAAAAUAAAAUAAAUAAAUGAAAAAAAUGUAUAUAUAAUAAAGUAAAAUAAAAAAAAAAAAAAAAAAAAAAAAAAUAAAUAAAAAUGAAAAUAAAAAUAGAAAAAUAAAUGAAAAUUAAUAAAAAUUAAAAAAAAAAUGAUAAUGAAUAUAGAUAAUAAAAAUAAAAAUAAAAAUAAAAUUAAAAAUGAUGAUAAUAAAUAUGAAAUAUAUAAAAAAAAAUAUAUAUAUAUAAAUGAAUAAAUAAAAAGUGUAAAUAUAAUAAAAAAUGAAUUGGAAAAAUAUAUAUUAAAUAUAUGUAAUUAAAUAUAAAACAGGCAGAAGAUGGAAAUCCCCAACUUUGUAAGUGAUAAAAACUUUAAACCAUAAAGCUAGCCAAGUCCACAUCGAUGUUUAAACCUUUAGGUGACAGAGUGUCCAAAUGGUAGAUCCAAUAGGUCUCCCGUUGUGCUAAUUUCAAUUCCCUAUUACCUCCUCUCCAGUGAGGGGACACAUGUUCUAUACCACAGCCCUUGAAAUCUCUCCAAUUAAAGGCCUGGCACGUAUUACAGUGAACUGGCACUGAAUGAGUAGUCAUACCUUUCUUUAUAUUGUUUAUAUGUUCCAUAAGACGUACUUUCAAGGGUCUCUUAGUCUUUCCCACGUACUGCUUGCCACACGGACACUGCAGUAAAUAAACCACAAAGUCCGUGUGGCAACCAAUACUAGAUUUCACUGGAAAAGAAAUCCCGGUGGUGUAACUUGUAAAUUGUAAAGUUAAACCUAAGUUCAUCCUUGAACAAGCCCGACACAUCUGACAUCCUUUGGAUCCCUUCAUGUGGGUGAUAACUUUUUUUCUGGGUAUAUCCUUUCUAGGGUAACUUGGAGCAAUUAAAUCUUUUAGAUUUUGACCCUUCCUAUAAAUAAUAGAUGGACAGUCAGGUAGAAUAUUACAAAGGACUGAAUCCUGUAAUAAUAUAGGCCAAUAUUUCUUAAGGCACUUAUUGAUUUUCCAAUGGUCAGUAUUGUAUUUUGUUAUAAAUGAAUAUCUAAAAUGAUCAUUUGAAUCAUUCUUUGGAUGGUUAGUCAAUAAUUCCCUUCUAUCUUAUUUCUUGAGUGUUCUAAUUUCCUUUUCAAUCAUAUUGCUAUCAUAACCUUUAUUUACCAAUUUGUUUUUUAUAUAUUUUGCCUGAAUUUCAAAAUCUCGGACAUUGGAGCAGUUCCUACGUACCCUUGUUAACUGGCUUUUAGCAAUACCUCUCAGCCAAGGUUGAUGGUGACAACUUGACUUAUGAACAUAACUAUUUCCGUCUGUUGUUUUAAAAAAGCAUCUAGAUCUAAUUUUAUUCUGCUCCCAAUAUAAAUUCAGAUCUAAAAAAUUUAUGGUAUCUUUAUGCCACUCAGGUGUAAAUUUUAAAUUAAAGGGAUUUAAAUUAAGAUAUUGUACAAAUGAUAAAAAAUCUUCUUGAGUGCCUUUCCAGAUAACAAUCACGUCAUCAAUAAAUCUCCGCCAUAGGACCAGGCUCGCCCGCCAAUCAUGCCCGCACCACACAAAAAGAUCUUCCCAUCUUCGCAUGUAGAUGUUGGCAUAACUGGGGGCGAACCUGGUUCCCAUGGCGCUCCCUGUUAGUUGUAAAUAAAAUUUACCCUCAUGAAAAAAAUAAUUAUGUUCAAGUAUAAAUUUAAUGGCCAUUAAAAUAAAAUUUUGCAAAGCAUCAUCUACCUCUGGAUCAUUUUUAAUAAAAAAUUGGACUGCUUCGAUACCCAAUUGGUGAUGGAUCACAGUGUACAAUGAUGUUACAUCCAAUGUUGCCCAACUGUAAUCAUCUUUCCAAUCGAUAUCCUCAAAUUCAUGUAGAAUUGCUGUGGUAUCUUGAAUAUAUGAAGGGGCACUCUGGGCAUAUUUCUGAAGUCUUGAAUCAAUAAAGGCUGAGAGAUUUGCUGUAAUGGAGUUAAUGCCACUAAUGAUCGGGCGUCCAGGUGGAAAAAAUAAAUUCUUAUGGAGUUUUGGUAAAAAAUAAAAAAUAGGAAUGACAGGAAAAGUAUUAUACAAAAAUUGAAAUUUUUUUUGAGAUAUUAUAUUAUUCUCCAGGGCUCCCAACAAUAAACUUUUUAAUAGGGAAUUAAACAUUUGUGUUGGAUCUCUUGGAAGUUCCACAUAUGUCUCUAUUUGACCUAGGAUGUUGAGGGAUUCUUGAUGGUAAUAUUCUGUAGAUAAAAUGACAAUCCCCCCCCCUUUGUCGGCCUCCCUUAUAACUAUAUCUUCCCUUUCCAUUAAAUUUUUUAGACACAUGGAUUCCUCCUUUGUCAUAUUAUAAUUCUUUUGUUGAUUGCUCCUAAUCUUUCUGAAAUCUUGACAAACCAUAUUUUCAAAAGUUUCAAGAUGAGAACCUUUACUUUGGACAGGAUAAAAUUUAGACUUUGGCUUAAAAUUCGUAAAGCCAUUGUCUACACCCAAAUGAACCCUGGAAUCAAUAGGAGGAUUAGAUGAACACACAUUAUAAUUGGUUCCAAAAUUCGUAGGGGUAUUGAUCACUGACGAUGGACAAGAAUUCUUUGCGAAAUGGCGUUUAACUGUUAAUGUUCUUAUAAAUUUUUUUAAAUCUAUAAAUAAAGUGAACUCAUCCGCUGUUCGUGCAGGGGCAAAUUUAAGACCACGUUUUAGUACACUUAUUUCUAAUUCAGUUAAUGGUGUCUGUGAUAAAUUAAAUAUACCUACAUUACGUUCUUUUAACGGGAAGAUCUCUCCCUCCUGGAAUGGUUUGGAGUUCUUCCUCCAUUCUCAUUCUUUUUUGGGGAGUUUUUGUUCGAAGUGGAGAAUAUCGGUUUGGAUGUGCCCAAGAUGUUUUUCGUGGUAAAAAAUAAUCCGUUAUCCGUUGUUCUUUUUGUGUCUGACUUCUCUCUAAAAAAUUAUCAUUGCUUAAAAGAGGAGUUCUCUCUCUACAAUAAGUUUUCUCUCUAGUUACAUCCGCAUAGGAUCUCCUAUUAGUGGUAUCAUUUAUAUCUCCAUUUCUUUUUGGUGAUUUUUUAUCACUAAUAGUUCUCCUCCCUAGGGGAGACCUAUAAGAACGUGAAUUUCUUUCAUUUGGCAACACCUUAUUUAUUUGUGAUAUUCUCUGUGUUCUAUAUAUUUCCCUAUCUUCAUCCUUUGAUCUCAAUUUAUAUUGAUUAGUACCAGUGAAAUUCCUAUUAAUUGUUUUCUGAACUUCAAAUCUAUUAUAAGUAGGUGUUUUGGCAAAUCGUCUUCUGCGUGACAUUUUAUUGACUGUAGAAAAAACAUUAUUGUAUUUAUCUUCUUUAUCUCUCCUAUAUUUUUUACUCUUUGUCUCUGCAAUUUUUUCGUCUAGUUCUUUCAAUUUGUUAUUUAAUUCCUCCUCAUGUUGAAUAAGCUCUGGACUAUCUAAAUCUAGUGAUUGUUUCUCAUCUAAUUCAUGUAGUUGUACCUCAAGAUUAGCUUUCAUUUCUUUAGAAUAUUGAAUGAUGAGUUCCAUGAGCUGGAAAGAAGAAUUGUUUAAAAUUUCAUCCCAUUUUUUCAUGAAAACAUCAUUCUCCAUACCAAAAGUUGGUGGUUUUUCCACACUCAGACCUCUCGGUAUAAGGCCCUCUUUAAUAUAAUUUUCUAAGAAAGCUAUCUCCCACCAUUUUUUAUUCUCAUUGAUUAACAAUCUUUCUUUAGUUUUAAAAUAGUCCUCUAACUUUCUGAUUGGCUCAGGUUUUUCCCAAUCAUUAAAUAAAGCUUCAAAUUUUUGUGAUCUGGCUCUUUGAACCCUGGACAAAAAAUUUCCAGCGGUCGCCAUAUAAUCACACAAUGUACAAUCUACAGAGAUGACAAAAUGUAUAAAUUUAUACUGAACAAAGAUAUUUUAAUAAGGACUUUUCAUUUCUGUCUAUUGGCGCAGUCCCAUCCUUCUAUUUGAUUGUCUUUUGUAUUUAUCCCAAGGUCACUUGAGGGAGUCCUUGUUUGGGAUUGCUGCCUCUUGUAUCUCUCUCCAAUAUAUUAGCGCUGACUCUAUUCUCUAUUUUUUGAACAAAGAUAUGUAGCACACAAUAUCGGGGGUACAAAUAUGUUGAAAGAAAAAGAAAAAAAUACAAACACAAGAAAUACAAAUGCACCUAACCAACACAGUGGUAGGAAUAUACACGAGUACUUAACUUGGUAGGGAGGCUGGGUGGACAUUUUUUUAAUUUAAAAAAAAAAAUGUGUGUCAGUGUGUGUGUAUAUGUAUAUAUAUGUGUGUGUGUAUGUGUGUGUAUAUGUAUAUAUAUAUAUGUAUAUAUAUGUGUAUAUAUAUAUAUAUAUAUAUAUAUAUAUAUAUAUAUAUAUAUAUAUAUAUGUAUAUAUAUAUAUAUGUGUGUGUGUGUGUGUGUGUGUGUGUGUGUAUAUAUAUAUGUGUGUGUAUAUAUAUAUAUAUAUAUAUAUAUAUAUAUAUAUAUAUAUAUAAUCUUGGGAGAGUUCCCACACUUUAUUCCCCAGGACGUGAAUCUCCCCUCCGGAUCUCCCCUGAGUGCCGGUUCUGCUCUAAGCCUCCAUGGGCCGGCGGGGAGAUCAAAGAUCUACCUCACCGGCCUACAGCAGCAUGGAGGGAGGCAGGAGGGGACCCGUGGAGCUCUAGACAGCAGCCCCGCCAGGUUACUCUCGCGAGAUCUGAACAUUACCUCUCGCGAGAGUGAACUCUAGCCCCGCAGGCUAGAUUUCACUCUUCCCUGGACCACCAGGGAUGGCACAUAGCAGCAAGAAUCCCCCCUCCCUACAUAAGGUAAGAAGGGAGGGGGGAUAUUUACUAAUCUGCCCCAACUCCACAAUCCCUCCAAACAUACAGCACCCACACAGCACACAUACAGCAUCCUCACACACACAGUUCACUAACCGCACCCUCACAAACACACACAGCACCCUUACAAACACACAACACCCUCACACACAGCACACAAACAGCACCCUUACACACACAGCACAUCACACAAACAGCACCUUGGGGUCACACAGCACAAUAACAGGACCCUAACAAACACCCUCACACACAGCACACAAACAGCACCCUCACAAACACACACACACACACACAAACACCCUCACCCACAUAGCACACUACCAGCACCCUCACACACACACACACACACACAGCACCCUCACACAGCACACACACAGCAGUGUUUGUGUAUGUGUGUGUGUGUGUGUGUGUGUAUAAAUAUAUAUAUAUAUAUAUAUAUAUGUGUGUGUGUGUGUAUAUACACAUACAUACAUGCGGCGUGUGUUUGUGCUUUAGGGUGCACACUCUAAUGCAGUAGGCUGUGCACGCCUAUUCCUGUAUGAUCAUUCCACCUCUCCAUGUUACUCUCUGCAACACGACCCCAUUGUAUUUCUAUACUGCACUCUCUUGGAUCAGCAAGGUUUACAUAAGAACCAUAGAAUUGCUGCUAACACUGAAGUGAACACUGAAGUGCCGUAGUUAAUCUUUCUGUUCUUUGGACGUGGAGCAUUCAAAUUAUAACCACAGAUGACUGUGGUGACUUUAUUUUGUUUACAGUAGUACUCCCUGGAGGAACGCAGUCUCUAUGGGUCCAUGUACCUAUUUCAUUUUCCGCAACCACAAAGAUGUUGUCACUGUUGCAGCUAUGGAAGUAAACCACAUUAGAACUUGAAUUGUCCUUUUUGAUCGGUGCAGGCUCAAUGUUUGUUAUGCUCCUCUACAAGUGAAAGUACGGUCUGUACUGUAUUGUAAUAGAAAUUGAAUUGAAGAUACGGUUACUUUCUUUCAGAUUAAUUCUGUGUCCAGCAGAAACUGUAAAAGUUGUUGUUAUAUUGCACACUACCUGAAAGAGGUCACGUGACACAGCUUUAUUUAGUGUACACAGGUCAAUGGUUGAGUAAGAUGAUUGAUUCCGCCCCCUCCCCCCCCCCACUGUCUCUACUCUGUCGGCCAAGUCAGUACAAACACAGAAAUAUAACCAUAAUUAACCGACUAAAUUACAGUCAGAAUGUUUAUUGAAUAAUAUAUAAAACGUCUAUACAAGUUAAGCCUAUAAAAAUACAGAUCUGUGUUGUUUUCUGUUCUGCGGUGAUUUGAAAGACAAAAAAUAUCCACGAUCCAUGAUGAUCUAAUAUGGAAUAAAAGGAGUAUGUUAUAUAAUAUGAAGGUAGGUUUUAUUUACCUGAAGUUGUAACUCACUACCAGCAUCUCCAUUAAUGAGACUCUCUCCAGCUCCGGUGCCUUCUUUAUCUGCCAGGAGUCCACAUCAGCGCAAUACAAAACUGAUGUCUAUGAGACUGUGGGAUCCUCCCUAGACAAUGCCAUUAUUCUUAUGAAACUUGACAUCGAUAGCUCCACCGUUUUGUCAAGUGAAGUGAAAUUACAUAUCACAAAGUAGAUCUUCUGACUGUGUUUGAAUUUCAGAGAAAUUCCAUCCCAGUCGAUGUGAGUAUUUUAAUAAAGUUUUACAGGUGGGUUGGGGGGGGGUGACAGAGCGGCUUUAAGUUACAUAAAUGUUCACGCAGCAUUGUCAUAUUGUGUGCUAAGGUGAUUAAUUUGAAUGGACUGCUUUUUUUUUCUUUAAGCCCAUCAUAUCAUACUUUUUGCAUUUACAUGUUGGGAGGACUUUGUCACGUUCAAACAAUACACCCAUCGCUUUGUGCUGCUAUAAAUCCAUGAAAUAUUAUUCUUGCGGUUUUGCUUUGGGGAAGUGAAUAAACAAAGCACUAUAGAUACGUCAUUGUCAGCUAAAUUACUAAUUUAACCUGUGCUUACACGCUUCUCAAUUUUUUUUAAAUGUUUUUUUUUUUUUUUUUUUACUAUAAACUUGUUUGUUUGACAUUGUAGCUCAUUGUUCUCGUAUCACACACUUGAUACAAGUAUCUACAGACUGUUCUAAGAGGGAAUCUGUCACUUAAUUGUGAUUUACACCAUUGAACAAAACUUGGAAAUUCAACUUAAACUUGUGUAAACCUUUUGCGCAACCUUUGAGCUUAUGACCAUAGUAGUUGUUGUUUCUGUUUGAACUAUAUCUGAUCAGUUUGUGUUAAUGAUCAUUCACAAGGCCAAACAUACAUUCACUCAAAUUAUUCUCUAAUUCAUACAAAUCAUUUAAAAUCUCUUCGGUUUACCUGACCAAAUCAGCCAUGCUGUAUAGAGAUUCGGCUUAUUAUAAGAGGUAAUCAACGAGACCAAAGAAAUAUGCCGACUGAUCCCUCCACUUUUAGAACUUUGCCCCUGAACUAUAACAUUAUAAAACACAAGUUAUCGUUAAUAUUGACUCAAGGACUUCCCAUAGUCUGACUGAUACAAUAUAUUACACAUUUAGAAACGUGCAUUUUUAAAUGCUCUAAUCUCUAGUUUUACAGAAACUCAGCUUGAGUGCAUGCAGGUUCAAUAUGGUACUUGGUGGUGAGUUCCAAUGUCUCCUCGGAUUGUUGACAUUAUCUGAUGAAUUAUAGAUCUGUACCUUCUCUCAGUCCCGCAGUGUGGAUAAACAGCAUGCCGUAAUCAACUAUGACAGUAACAAAGACGAGCAUCUCGUGAAGGACCUUGGGAGUUUAAAUGGAGUAAGUGUUUCUCGGUUUUUCUUGUUCGAAAGCCACAUGUACACUGUGCAUGCUUUAUAUAAAUGUAUCCCAUUGAUUUAAUUAUAGCAAUCAUGUUAUUUGUUUAUAGACUAUCCCACGCAUGUGCGUACUGCGUCUCAUGCUCUUAGCAUCUUACGCCAGGUUCCUGAACGAAAUUUGGAAAUAAUGUUACAAUCACAAAAAAUUUAAUUUCAGGAAAGCCAUAGUUUUUGUACACCUUUUCCGAAACAAACUGGGUUAUCAGCUAUACUGUGAAUUGCCAGUUGAACAGAGAAUUCUCAUGCAGGCUAGAUCAGAAGGACAAAGCCACCUGUACUCACUGGAAGGACACAGGAUUUAUACUCUUCCACUUUGGAAUAAUUAAAUACUACACUAUAUUAUAUUGCUUCAUUUUAAUACUUAGAAUCAUUCUAAAUGACGCAAAUAUAAGUACUGACCUAUAGAAUAACACUGACUGUAUAUAUUAUUUUGUAUCUCAUUACCGGUUUAUACUUAAGAUUAAUAAAAAAAUGUACACUUUUAACAAUGCACAGCUUGAAAGCUUAUUAAAUGACUAGUUUAUACUAGAGAUGAAGUGGCUAUUCUGCGAAUUGGAGUUCCAUUAAUCUGGCUUUUCAUUUAGUGAGCAAGGCUACUGAUGGCUUUUACGCCUGCUUGAACAGCUGCCUCUCGGAGGUUUAAAGUUGGAAUAUAUUUUCUUUAAAUAAAUGCUAUAAAUAAACACUAUGUGAAAUGUGUUAUUUAAAAAGACAUGUGAUUACGUAACAAUUCUCCUCCCCUUUAGUUUUUUUUUUCAUAUUUUAAUUUUCUUCCUUUAAGUAUUUAAUUUACUUUCCUUGAAUUGAAAACUUGUCAGCUGUGGAAUGAGGUUAAAUCUGAUACUAGUACAAUGUAAUUCUGGGAGGAAUCCCCUUUGGGGCCUAGAACUCCCAGAGCUAAGCAUUAUGGGUGUUGUAUGCUAUAGUGAAUGUGUUUCCAGAGGUUUUUGACACACUGUACAUGUUUCAAAUCUGGUUUGUGUCAUUGUGCUGAUUAUCAAUUUUAAUUAAUCAUUUUUUUUUUUCUUUUGUCUUCUAACACAGACCUUUGUAAAUGACGAGAGGAUUCCGGACCAGAUAUAUAUUAAGCUGAAGCUAAAUGAUGUCAUACGAUUUGGCUACGAUAUCCUUUUUAAGCUUAUUACUUUGUCGCUGUGUUUUCAGUUUGAUUACAACACCCUUGGAAUGAAUGCCUUUGUUUCCUUGUGCGGGUUUAUUGUGUAAUGACAGAUCGAAUUCACAGUAAAGAAGAUUAGCAUUUCUCGUCUACAUUUGUCAGUUGAAAUGGUCCGUGCCAGGUGUAAUAUUUAUUCUUUUACCUGACAAUGUUCUUUGUGUGAUUUAAUUCCCAUGGGCAGGGAUCUUUGGAUCUAUAAAAUCUGAGUGAAUAUUAAUCGCUUCCCUCACUAUAGAUGAUGUCAUGGUUUUAUUUAGAACAGGUUUAAAUCACUUGUAGAUCACUUCUAUUUGUUAAACUGUAAUUCUCAUAAACGCUGGAUGAGAAUCACGAAUUAUGGGGUUUAUAGUGUGGAUGAUCUCACUCGGAGACUUCAUUUAGUAUUUGCUGCUAAAACCAAUACUUUUUAUUGUGUUCACUGAUUUUUAUAUAUCAUAGCUGUUCCUAGAACUCCACCAUUCCGGGCAGCCAUCUUUGAGAUAUAUGCAGGAGUAAAAAUGUUAGGCUGUGUGUAUUAUUUAUGUUAUCUGACUAACUGCUGCUCAAACUAACUUGCUGCUGCUGUAAUUUCACACAGCGGCAGCAAGUUAGGUUGAGCAGUAGUUCGUCAGAUACCACUCGAGUCUGGCCCAACAUGGCUGCUCAAUUUUCUAAAAAAAAAUUAGUAAAAAUCAAUACACAGAAUUUUUCUAAAAAUUAUUAAAUAGAAACAUAGAAUGUGACGGUAGAUAAGAACCAUUCGGCCCAUCUAGUCUGCCCAAUUUGCUAAAUACUUUCAUUAGUCCCUAGCCUUAUCUUAUAGUUAGGAUAGCUUUAUGCCUAUUCCAUGCAUGCUUAAACUCCUUUACUGUGUUAACCUCUACCACUUCAGCUGGAAGGCUAUUGCAUGCAUCCACUACCCUCUCAGUAAAGUAAUACUUCCGGAUAUUAUUUAUAAACCUUUGUCCCUCUAAAAUGGACACUAUAGUCACCAGAACAACUAUAGCUUAAUGUUGUUGUUCUGGUGUCUACUGCUUGUUGUCCCAGCAGACAUUUUAAGGUAAAUACUGCCUUUUCAGAAGAAACUCCGACAGCCACUAGAGUUACUUUCUGAGUCGCUCUGCAUGGAGGCGCUGAACGUUCCCCAUAGAGAUGCAUUGAUUCAAAGCAUCUCUAUGAGGUGGUGUUGAUUGGCAAGCGAGGCAUUUUUCUGCGCAUGCGCAAUAGCCUCCCUAUGCUUUUCUAUGGAAAAGCAUUGGAUUUACUGAUAUUGUCAAUUUUGGCGUUGGUUCGGGGCUGAGCCAGCAUUGGCGGACCCGUGCAGCGCUGGAAUAAAGAUGAGUAAACUCACCUGUGAUGGUUAUCCCCAUGGAGUAGGGUAUCUACCGUCUGGGCGUCCUCCUUCCCAGUACUGGAGACCACGGCAGAGCUCCAACUCAAGGUCCUGUAGAGUGGGUAGAGCGGGGCUCCCUCCUCCAGGAGGGUAUAGCUGGGGCUCGCUUUCCAGAAGGUGUAGCAGGGUAGCUGGAGAGCGCUCUUAAGAGAGCUAGUAGCGAUACAGCUGGCACGUAGGCUUCUCCAUAAGCCAGAGGAACAUGGCAGUUUGGCACAUGGAAAGCCAGUGGAAAAUGGCAGUUGGUCACACCGGUUUUAACAUUACAGAUUCUUUCCCAGCAGAGUUAAAGGGCCGACAUAGUUUUUAACAUCCAAGAUGCGGAAAUGGAGUAUUUAGCAGGUAAUGCACUCCAGGGGCCAUAGUCCCAGGGUAACCAGAGUCUAGGAGCGUGUUCUUGGUUGGAAUACAACGCUCCACACCAUAACCACCAUGAGAAAAAUCACCAUAACUACUGCAAGCAAUGAGGGAUUUUGUUACAUCACCUUUUACAUAGGGUGCAGGGGGCCGGUGCCUAAAUAGUUAUAUUACAGGUAUAUUAACAGGCUGUAUUCCUGUCUGUAUUCCUGUCACUAUAGUGUUCCUUUAAGUUUCAUCAAAUAUUAUAUACCUUUUAAAAAUGAAAUUUGAUGAUGGUUGUCCUUUUAGUGGAUCUUAGAAUUGUAAAACUGAGGGAAGAAGGGGGUAUAUAAUUGUCAGGAAAUUAAAAUGUUGGUUGUACAUUUUGGUUGGUUGGUUGUCCAUUUCUUUUUACUUUUUUGUGGUAAUUUGUAACUGAAUCUACUUUUGUUCCUCAACACAGCACCUUGAAUGGGUUAAUGCUUUUGUUUUUUUCUGUAGUAGUUUUCUGUAGAGCCAGUUGCAUUGGUUACCCAAAAACCCACUAAUUCUCUCAAAGGCAGUUUCUUUUUGUACGCUAGUCCUCCUGCUGGAGACCUGUGGUAUCACAGAACACAAAUCUCUUUAGCAACAAAUUAAAUGCAUUUAUUAAAACUACACAUAGCCUGAGUUUGGUGUUCAGUCUGUGCAACUAUUACUAUGUUACAGAUAUUUGAGGUACAAUUCAGUAAUUAUACCACCUCUGCAUAGAGCAGUUUAUUGGCAUGGGAGGCAAAAAAAAGCAAAAAUAAAUAAUUACCAUCACAUUAGGAUUAUUAAUACAAAAAGAUAAGUCCUGCGCUCACUCCCAUCACUCCUGGGCGGCAGCAAUGACCACAGUAUACAUCAGCCCCAAUAUAUAGUAAAAACCAAAGAGGAAAAAAGUUACCUGCGCUCUCUCCUUAAUCCCUAUGUAUAUUUACAAUGGAGGUCAUUUAGUUACUCCAAUGGCCAUUGGAGGGAACAUUAGGAUUAUUUACCUCAACUUCUCUUAUAGACAUAUAAGCUGCAAGAACCAGCCAUUGAGAACAGAGUGGAAAAGAACAAUUCACCUUAAUAGGGAGAAGUAAUCGUAUACUCGUAUUGUAGCACAUAAUUAAGAUAACUCCUCCUAGUGGCAUUCUGCCAAUAAGGUCUAUUUUGUAAAAGGAAUUUAAAUUGAUAAUAGAAACACAAUUACAUAGGAUUAUUGGGUGUAUCGAACAGUAAAGUGUUAGUUGUGGGUUGCUGUAGCUGGGGGGGAGGGGGGUUUGUGGGAUAUGUGUAUUGCAGGAUAUUUUAAAUUAAUUCUCUAAACUAAAAGUGUCUCCCCCCACCCCAUUUUGAAAAAUUAAAUGUUUAAAUGCUUUAAAAAUAUACAAUAAAUAUAUGAAUUAUAUGCUGGUGCUGUUACUCCACAGACAUGCACCAGGACACCCCUCCAAGACCAGGAAGAAUCGCCAUCAAUGAGGAACUCUCUGUGGUCUAAUCUACCUCUCACAGACCCCUGUGAUUGAAUGAUAUGUAGUCCAGUCUCCAUUCCAGUUCCACUCAAAAUCUGUAGUGCAUAUAUUCUAUUUUGAAGACUGUUCUAGGUUUAUUACAAUAUAAGAUGUUUUCCUUAGCAAAUGCUUUACAUAUUAAUCAUUACGUUCUAGAACAGACUCAGCACAAAGUCCCAGAGGAGGCACUUAAGGUAUGUAUUGUGUGUAUUUGUGUGUGUGUGUGUUUGUGUGAAUUCUGUUAUUGCAUCAGUCUUGUUUUCAAGUCUUGUUAAUGCGUGAAACACAUCCUGCUGUUUUCCUGUGUCUUCCCCGUUGUAAUGAAAUUUAAGCACAAUAUAAGGAAGUAUUUUGAAAUUUCUUCCUGACGAUCACUGUAUUUUAUGGGGAGAUUUACUGAAAUUUAGUGUGGUUAAAGUGGAACGUUUUUGAGGUAAACUAUUUUAUUUUGCUUAAGGAGAACCGUUGCCUCCCGUUAUUUGUGUUUAUUUAAUGGUCUCUUACAUUUAGCAGUAAUGUGUUUGUGAAGUCUCAAUAAUAAAAUUAAAUGCCCAAACCCACAAUGCUGUAUAUCUGCAGUAAGAGCAUACAGAGAGGAAAAGCAACGUGUCAUUUGCUAAAUAUUUAAUAUGUAUUUAAAAGAAAAGAGCAUCACAUGAAAUAAAGGUUAACCUAAAAUAUGGAUAAUUGUAUAUGUUUUAUUCCGUAAUGUAACUUGCAGAGAAGUGAUGGGAAUCCUUAAAGAGAUUAUUUUUUUCUUACUUCUUGAACUUUUUUGUGAAGUCGAGCUAAGGAUAUUUUAUGUUGUCCAUUCACUUGUAGCCUAGUACUUCUACAUCUCACUUUUGGAAUUGUGGUCUGCUUCCCUUUUUGUACAUAUGCAGUGUGUGAGCUAAAUCCUGCAUUUCACUUACUUUUUUUUUUAAUUUUAAUUUUAAAAUGCCCAUACUGAAUGAAAACGGAUGCUAAUGAGUUACUCGCUGCUUAAUUUCAUUAAAUCUGAAUAAUGCCAGGUUGAGAGGGAUUUUGGUAACUAUCAUAAUGUUAUAUCUUUUUUUUUUUUUUUUUUUAAGUAGGGUUCUAUUGAAUGUACAGACUUUCCAAAGUGUUUUUAUUUAAUAUUUUAAUGCAGAUAAGGUUCAAUAAACUGUGUAUAUUUUUUAGCAUGAAAAGUAUACAAGUCAACUCCAGAUGAGUCUGAAGAAUUCAGCGUCUGUAAGAACGGACCAUCUUAAAGAACAUCCUACUCAUAUGGAGCCUUCUUCUGGAAAGCCAGAAAAAGGGGAGAAGAAAGCUGCCUCUCUUAAUGGUAUGCACCACAUUUUACCAAAUACAUUUUAACUAUUAUCAACCUACCCACAGGGGGGUUGUUCAUUGUCCUUCUUUAAUGGAUGCGUUUUGCGAUUAUUUUUCGUAAAAAUGUAACAUUGUCAGGAUUUGAGCUAUACAUUCUUCUAGAAAUGAAUUCGGAUCAUGGAGCAGCCACAUGCUUUGCAGCGAGACUCCUUCGCUGAAAUAGAUCCCCAAGUACAUUGAUUCUAGAUUAAAGGGUUACUCCACGAACCGUGACCAUUUCAGUGAAUUGAAGUGGUCAUGAAGCUUGGAGUCUGUAUGUUCAUCAUUUCAACAAUGCUGUACAUGCAGACAUAAUGCAGUUUGCUGUGGGGGAGUGUAACUAAUUGGAAUUUUGCAUAGUAUGCUGAUGAGAGAAGACCAAUGGUGGCACUUCCCCUCGUCCGAGUUGCCAAAUCCUCUCCUCAGCCUGGCUUUUGGCACCUCUGCUCUGUGGGAGCAUUGGGCUGUAGGGAAAACUUUGCCUUGACAUGUGAUAGCAGGAAAGUUUGGAUUUAUUAUUAUUGGUGGGUUCGUGCCACUAAAAAAAAAACCCUGUGUUUUUAAUAAACAUUUCAGUUGGAGUAAAUCUUUAAAAACUAACUUGACUUGCAUGUGCAAUGUUAAAGAGAUACAUUUCUCUGAUUCUCUGUACAAACAUAAUACAUUUAAUGGUACAGCGUAAGUUGCAUUUUCGAACCUUGCACAGGCUUGUUGUCCCCUCAAAUAAAAACAGAAAUGCUAAUCAUUUUUGUUUGUAAGUACCGGUAUAUUUUGUUUUACUUUUUAAUGUCAAUAAUCAAACCAGUCCACUAGAAAUAUGUUCCUGUUUUAUGCAUUCAAAAUUUCCAUUGCUUAGAUUGCUGAAUUUCUAGGUUGGUGUGUGUGCAUUUGAUGAAUCUAGUUUGGUUUGGUUUUCAAACUAAAAUCUUUUUAUUUUAAAUGCACAAUUAUAGGAAAGUUCCAGAAACUUACAUCAUCUUUUAAUUGAAUAAAAGUAUAUAUUGUUUGUUUAAAAUACUGCAGUGACUUCGUCAGCAUCUCCACUGCCCCCAGAGACCUCAGUUUACCGCACACCUUUGUAUGGGCAGCCUUCCUGGUGGGGAGAAGAUGACGCCAACAAUUUGCAUGAAAUGCAUGAAGGCAGACGCCAGGAAGAUCACUUUUCAGGUGAACACGUUGCUUAUAUUCCACCAGGUGAUGCCCUUUUUUCAUGAUCUGUUUGUUUUUGAGUUUUGUUAGUGUUAGUGGUGUUCCUGUUUUAGGAUUAUUGUGCCAGUGACAGAAAUCUAGCCAGGGUGUUGUAAUACUAAAAGUAGCCCUUUUAUAGCACUAAUUUUCCCAUCAGAAAGCUUGGGGCUUCUUACAAAAUGUUGUUAGAGACAUUUACACAUUCCCAGACAAUAACACACAUUCACAGAUACAUACACACACAUACAGCUGCUACGAGCGAGUGAAAGAAGUGAUACGGCUGCUAGGAGUGAAUGAAGAAAGUGAAAUGGGUGGGGGAGCAGUAAUCUAAAAGGAACACUCCAUAGUAAAAAAAUUUAAUCUAAAUUCACUAUUUAGUAGAUCUACCCACAAUGGAUACAUGCAUGCAUUUAUUUAUGCAUGUAGUUUUUUUUUUUUUCUCGUUGAGAAGCCUCCGAGUCUGUGCCCUCUGUGCAUGAGUGCUGCACUCAUGGUCGAAAGGACGUUGGUCUGAGGUCUAUGAAGGAACAAUGUGGGAGAAUGCAGACACGCUCAAGUAGAACAACCCUGCCACUUCCAUUAGCUUAAUGGGGGCUAGCUAAUGGAAGGAGGAUGAAAGUGUUUCUAAUUCGAAUGAUAAAAUUGCCAAAAGAAAUCAGAACGUUUAUAAACUAGCUUCACUAGCUCUGGCACUUUAGCCCACAUCCAAUUCAUCCACAUCUCCCCUCGCGCCCCCACUAAAAAAAAAAAUUAUAAAAAAUAAAUUAUAUAUAUUAUAUCAUAUACAUACUGAUAUUUUAAACUGGAGUGCCCUUUAAUGAAAAACAGGAAGGUGUUUUGGGUGUGUAGGUCGAGUGUUGCCAGGGAGUGAUAUUGUCUUUGUCCCCUAACAGCUUACAGUGAAGGCCUUUGUGUUUCUAUGCUGGGUUGUGCGUUCAGUAAACAGACGUGUGUGCACAUAAUUUCACCCUGUUCAUUUAAUUGUUUUUUUUUUAAUGUGUUUUUAGUAUAUAUGCAUGUUUUAUACUCCUGAAAGUUUCUUUUGGUUUUGUGCUUUGUUAAUUUAUAUAUUUUAUUUCGCUGUUUUUUUUGUUUUUUUAUUCAAGCAAGGGUUGGUAAAAAAAAAAAGCUAAAAAAACUGAAUAACUCAAUUAACAUGAAAAAAUUAUAGAUGCUCAAAAACACAAUGUCCAGCACAGGAUACAAAUACUUGCAACUUUAUUAGUUUGUAUAAACUUGGCAUGAGGAAGCACAUCACGGGGGGGGAGCCAAAGCCUAACUCGUUUCAGACCCAGAUGUCCUUACUCAUAAAAAUUCCUAUGACUAAGGACCUCUGCGUUUCAACCGUGCUGGGCUUUGGCUCCCUCCUGUGGUGAAAUUCUUUAUGUCAAGAUUGUUCAUACUAAUAAAGCUGCAGUGAUUUAUGUACUGUGCUGGACAUGGUGUGUUUGUGGUAACCGGCCUAGUGUUUUCUCAAGCUACCUUAGUCACCGCCGUUAGACUCUGACUUUCAUAAUGUUUAGCCAGGCAAUAGGCAGCAGCUGGAGCCAAUUGAAGUUGUUUUACUAACACUGUUCCUUUGUAAAACUGAUUUUGUUAACAUUAAUUUUAAGUUCUGAAAUAAUAAACAUCUGUGUCAUUUGAAAAUUUAACGCAACAUAUAAACAAAAUAAUAUUUUGUUGUAGAACGGCCAAAAGAUCUUCAGCAGCAUGAUGAAGAAAUGAAUGGCAACUUGGGGUUCAGAGAUCCUCAGGAUCAAUCUGUCUACGCAUUCAGAAGAGAACCAAGCUAUUUCGAAAUCCCGACUAAGGACUUCCAGCAGCCUGCAAAGUCCCCAGAGACUCAGGUUCACGAAAUACCAACCAAGGACACAGACACCAUCACACCGCCUGUCGUACAAAGUCACGCCUCUUUUACCAUUGAGUUUGACGACUGCCGGCCUGGAAAAAUAAAGAUAAAGGAUCACGUAACUAAAUUUUCAAUGAGGCAAAGAAGAACCCACGGAAAGGAUGGUGGCCCUUCAGAAAUGGUGUCUGCGGAGUGUAAAGUUGCUGACUGGUUGGUUCAGAAUGAUCCAAGUCUAAUGAGGAGGCCAGCUCCUGAAGAAGAUGUUUACAGCACAAAGAGUGACCUUCCGAUACACAACCGGACACUAAAAGGUAAAACCAACUUUGAAUUAGAGCAUGUCUGUCCAUCCAUGGCCUCGAGCUGUGGUUGGACUACAUUCUCUGCAAGCCAACAUGCUCCCUCCAAAUGGUACUGGGCAAACUUCUGUUUUCUUUAUUUUCUAUGAAUUAAGCUACUAGUGUGUCUUUCUUACAUGUUCAUAAUGGUGAUGGGAUAAUGGAAUGUAUAUUUUACGUUCUGUCACAAGGGUGCUGGCUGCUGGGACUAAAAUGCAUGUUUUGUAACUAUAUUAACUAUAUUAAGGAAAAAUAUCUUUGCCUGAUGAUCUUCUACCCGGAAUGUCCAUUUCAUGAGUUCAGCGUUGAUAAAUAUACAGUACAUACAAUUAUUCACUGUUUUUAACAGCAAGCCUGCAGAGCAGCAUAAAUACUACAAAAUAAACAUACGAGGGGAAAUAUAACUAUAACAUGCGAACUUGCAAUAUGAAUGUGCAAAUAGUAUAAAAUUAUACAUACACUUACAUGUUCUGGCUCUGGAUUGAAUUGCAGGCAGUACCAAACCGUAUUAGUUCAAAAUGUCAACUCCAGUAAGAAGAAAAUAAAAAUAGAUAAAUAAUAGAACACUAUAGAUACCGGUGCGUAAACCAUACAAAGACAAUUGUUACAGUUGUUAUUGUUUUUAGGUAAUCGACAUGAAGAUGGAACACAGAGCGACACUGAGGAUCCAGUAGCAGCCAAAACGGAGAUAGAGACCAUCGCACCGGAUCAAGGGAAACUUCAAAGGCAAAUAAAACGGGAACCGGAAGAACUGCUACACAGCCAGCAAGCAUUUGUAAUUGAGUUUUUCGAUGAGGAUGCCCCUCGAAAGAAGAGAUCUCAGUCUUUUACACACAGUGGAAAUUCUUCUCCUAAUGAUUCUGACCCUUCUGUUAAAACGAAACCAGACAAGCGUAAAGUGGUUCAACCGGCUGAAAAACUGAACACUAAUGGGGUGCCCUCUCCUGCUCCAGUUAAUAAAGCAGUUGCAAAUGCUUCCUUUCAACAAAGGUCUAACUCUUUCAGGAAGGACAAAACAGAUGAUCGCAUGAACUGUUCACCACCUACAACAGCAAAACCUCCCAUAAAAAACUAUGGUAGCAUUGGGAAGAAAUCAAAGCUGGCUCAGGACUUUUCCGCAGAGUAUUUUCGUGAGCAGAUUGAGUCUGUACAACCGCCAGUAGAAAAACCAACUAGUUUGCCACUGACAACAGCCGUGUUAACGCAGCCACAAACUUUGCACAUAGAAUUAACCACAACUUCUGGAGUCCUUGCUACAUCUACAUCUCCACCAUCCGAGGCCCAUCCAGUGAAGACAAAGAAAACUGAAGAAGAGGACAGCUUGAGUGAUGCUGGGACAUACACAAUUGAAACGGAGACACAGGAUAAAGAAGUUGAGGAAGCCAGGAAAAUGAUAGAUCAGGUAAAACCGUAACAUUAAUAUUUUGAUUUAUGUACCCAUACCUCCUCACCUUCACACCCCUUAGAGUUAAUCGUGCUUGUUGUAUGGGAAGCAAGGGAGAAGUUAACAAGUUCUAUAUCUGGCCAAAAAGUAUCCUGCUAAUGAUGUGCAGGAUGUAUAAUUACCUCCCAUUCUCUUACUCCCAAAUAAUGUAAGGAACUGGGAAUAACUGAUGCUCAACAAUCUCUGCAAAACAAAUCUUAAUAUCCAACACAGUUAGCAUCUUUUUCAGCUGGGUGAUUAAUGAAUAGCAUAGUUGCUUGUAGUGAAUGAAUGAAAUGAUGGUUGCCUUUAGUGAAUGGAACGAGGAAAUGGUAAGUGUGCUAGUAGUGAAUGAUUGAAUGAAAGAAGGAAAUGGCAGACUUGCUGGUAGUGAAUGAAUAAAUAAAUGCUAGAAGAAAUGUAAUGGAUUCUGGUAAAUGCACUCCUAUAUUAUUGUGUGGUAGAGAUAGUCAUAUCAAGCAUAUUUUGUAUUUAAAGCGGCACCGUCACUGUUAAGAUAGAAUCGUUAUGAAAUACUCAUUUUGACUGUGUUGGAAUUUCGCUGAAAUUCUUACCUAGUCAAGAGAUAUACUGUCUUUGUAUAUUUCUUCUGCCUUACACCUCUACACACAUUGGGCAGAGCUACCGCCGUCUAGAAGGGUUAAUCCCCUCAACCAUGGUCUGUGAUGGCUGCAGGGAAUUGACUCUGUCAAUGGAGGAUUCCUCGGUGCCACGGGAUCCUCCAUAGACCUCAGUGUUGUACUCUCGCAUGUAGAACUCAUCUUUUCCUGCCCCCUCUCCACCAAAGGACCCUCAGCGACUGUCACUGUCGGGGGUUUUUGUGAAGUCUGCAAAGUCCCCAGACAGUGACAGUGCCACUCUACGCAACAUACAUUUUGCUUUUCUUCUUCCUUUGUAGCUUAAAAACAAAUAUAUGUAAAGUUGUUAUCUUUAACUAGCUCUGGCAACCCAGGAAAUGGUAGCAUUUGUGAUAAAAUAUAUAGAUAACAUUUAAUCUGUUCUUUGUAGUAACCAGAUUGUUAGCGUCUGUCUGUGUAUACAUACACAUCUUAAUCCAUGCAGGGGGUGCAAACUUCAGACCCUCCCAGCUGGUGUUGGACCUUAACACGAAUUAUAUCCUUGCUCCUUAAAGGCACACAAUUGGCAGGAACUGGCACCUUUUUUUACAUGAAAUACAUCAGACUUAUAAGAAUUAUUAAAAACAUGUGGAAUAAUAAAAGUAUGCAGACGGACAGAUCUAAAACCUAACAGAACUAUAUGAAACGUGUUGUUUUUAAUUUUUUUAUUUAUUUUUUUUACUCUUACUUUGGGGCAGGUUUAUAACUGCAGUUGUAUCGGUUCCAGUUAAACAGAGUGCCGUAAUCUUUUCAAUUCUGUAAAGUUGUUUUGGUGCUUAGUGUGCCCCCCUUGCUUGAUAUAUAUUUUUAAUGUCGAUAAAUACACUUUUAUACUUCUAAUAAAGUGUUCUAAUAAAGUAUUUCUAUUGCAGUAUAUUGAGAAAAGGGCAUAAAACAAUCUUUGCUUUGAACAUGUUUUACAAGACCUAUGGACCCAAUGUUCUCAGUUGUAGCUACUCAAAUGCAAAUGGCGUUGUUUGGUGAAUUCGAAUGAUACACAUUUACAAAGGCUAAUAGGGCUAAGGGACAGAAGAAUGCUACUUGUGCUUAUUGUUUACAUUAUAGCUUUGUGCAUAAACCGUUUGCAAAUAUGUGAUAUACAGACUAGAUUCCCCAAUUCCUUAUUACCUAGAUCUUUCUGUCUAUCAGUAUAUGGAUUAAAGGAGUACUGUAGUGAGUUAGGAAUACAAAACUGUAUCCAUCUGACUCCGUGGUCCCCCACUCUCCCCAAGCCAUGAAAGAGAGAGUUAAAUAACCCUUUAGACAAUUACCUGAGGGACCUCGACUCUGAGUCUGGCUCCUCCUCCGAUGUGAGCCGAUGGGGGAACCGCAUGCACAGUGAGUGGUGCAUGUGCAUUAGGCCUUCCCCAUAGGAAGGUAUUGACUCAGUGCUUUCCAAUCGGGAUUUAGAAGAUGCUGGACGUCCUCCUGCAAAACGUGGCGAUGUCCAGUGUCGUUUCAUGGAGUUAAACUCUGUGAAAAAGCAGGAAGUGCCUCUAGUGGCUGUCUUAACCCUGCAAUGUUAACAUAGCAGAUCUAAGGGGACAGGGUAAGUGCAUCCAUACCACUUCAAUUAGAUGAAGUGGUCUGGGUGUCUAUAGUGUAAUUUUAGUAUACUUACAUAGUAAAAUAGAAAGAAGAAAGCCCAACAAGUUCAGGCUGUCACAAAAUAAAGCAAACUCAACUUCUAAAAUCGCAGUUCGAUUUCUACUUCGAUUGUCAAGCUCUCACCCCACUUGUUAACAAUCAUACUCUUUUGAAUAUUCUCUCUUUUUUUUUUUUUUAAAACAUCGUAACAUCUGUAAAUAAGAUAUAGAUAGGCCAUGAAUAAAGCAAGCCCUAUUUCCGUCACAGCUGUCUGCUGUAACAGUCCACCAAUCCAUGAUUGUGUAAUAAGUUUGUAAACCUGAAACGUAUAUCAUUAUUUUGUUUUAAUGCUCAAAUAAUAGUGUGCAUGGCAGGGCUCAAAAUUAUCUUCGGAAACGAGCUAAACCUAAAAGGUACUUGUUACACAAACCGUACAUACAUGCUUGGGGUAUGGGGGUGUGUAGUUGGGGGAAUGAGGAGACAGUAGUAUUGUGGUGGCAGUCAGUUAGGAUUUGCAUACAAAUGGAAAUAUAUUGAAGGACCGUGGAAAUAACAAGGAGUAUGUUGCAGUAACUGUUGGUUUAGUGGAAAGGUAUGAGGGGUAUUUUGUGUCUUGUAAGAUUGGGCAAUGCACUGUAAUGGUGUGGGUGCUCUGUACCUGUAAACUGGGACGGUAACAGGUGGAGCUUGGUUGAUGAAUGUCUAGUUUCAUAUAUUAUAUUCAUAUACUGUACCAUAACUAAAAAUCUAACUGUGCGAUUAUUUCUAUGUAGGUAUUUGGAGUGUUCGAACCAGAGGAAUAUUCCAAGAUUAAUUCUUCUGUGUACAGGCCCGUGAUUAAGGUGGAAAAGGAAGAUAUUUCACACGAGCAAAGUUUGAAGGCUGACUUGUUCUCUUCUCACGCCGCUAAAUUGAAUAACGGACCCCAGUCUGAAACUCCGGUAUAAUUUAGUGUUUAUGUUAGAAUACAAUGUAGAGUAACAACCACAUCUGCAGAGGUGCUCAAUAGUGUUGAUAGGAAACAGGUGGACGGCUCUCAAAAACGCCUUCCACCAUCGCCACUACAAAAUGCUGCAGUGGUCAUGUUGCUUAGCAUGUAGAUUUUAUAAUAGCUGGGAUGUUUACACCAUGGGGUGGAUCUAUAGUGCGUGGAACUAUAGCUGCUCCACUUAAAGCUAAUUAUCAACCUUCUAUAAUGCAUAAUGCAGCCUUUUUUUCACCAUGGUGCCCAGUGACAGUGUGCAAAUUCCUCACUAGUAAAGGUUGAUCAUGACCUCUAUAUUACUAAAGUAUAAAGAACAAAUUACCUUAUCUAUAGUAAGUUUCUUUAUGUCUGAUCUUUUCCAUGUUCCUUUAAUUUCCUGCAGAUGGCAAGGUCAACUGGGUCAAAGUCAAAUCAAAAAUGGGUUUCUCGAUGGGCAAGUCUUGCCGACAGUUACCAAGAUGCAUCACCAACUACGUCUCCACUAGACAGUCAUAAGCACGGGCUAACUGGGGAAGAAGGUAAACAAAUGUUAGAUUUAUUUCUGCAUUGGAUGUUUAUCACGCACCAUUGUGUUUUGGUCAUCUGUCUAUACUUUAUAUAAAAUUCCAAGGGACUACAUAUCACAGUAGAGGUGAAGCUGAGCAUAUUGACGUUAUUGUACGAUGUCCUAAUAAAUGGUAGGAAGGUCACAGUGAAAUGAUGCAGAUGUGUGCCUCCCUAGUACUACUAUCCUGACCCUGCUUGGACAGUUCUGGAAUUUUGACCUGAAAAUCAUUAAAAAAAGUGAAUUGCUUUUUUUCAUCUCACAAUACUAUUAAAGAGGGACAUUAGGACUGAAAAGAGGGACAGGGGAAUUUGGAUCUAAAAUAGGUACUGUACCUCCUAAAUAGGGACACUUGUGAGGUAUGUGAAUAUGUACUCAGUAUUUAGACUAAUAAUAUAUUAACAUGCUGAUAUUCCCACAGACUAGUGUACCUGGAAGAGUACCCCAUAGGGGAAAUAUGUUUUUAUGUAAUAUGACUUAAUAAUGAUAAAAUUAAAUACCCAAAAAAAGACUGAAGACCCUCUUGGCUGACUGAAAGCUGAAAGCUUGUGACAAAGAUAUUUUAUAAAAGUGUUGAUCUCUUGUGAAAUCCACACUUUUAUCAAAUAUUACCACAGGGAUGAGCAAAUUAACCCUAAAACAAGUGAGGUGCUUUAGUUUACUGGAGUGUUCCUUUAACAUAUGACUGUAACAUAUUCAUCCUCACCUUGCGGUAUCUGCAGUAAUUGCCUUCCUGACAAAUGCAGAAGUGCCGUUCAGCGGCCAUGCGGCAAUGUAUCUGACUCCUGCAGCAUGUUGGUGGAUGCCGGCCCCUGCGGAUCCACACCAUUUUGUAACCCCACGUCCGCCCACGGUAUUGAUGACAUCGGUGUGCGUGUGACGUCACGUAGAGGACACGCACGCACGUUCUGGGGUCAAAGGCCGGGUACGGCCAAUAGGAUCCGAAGGAGGCUUAUUUAAACUCCUUUUUUUCUUUUUCCUCAUUGCCAUGUCAUGGUUUCCCAUAGUGGUUGUCACAGAGUGUGUUCUUAAGUAUUUAUUUCUGGUUAUUGACUUUGGCUUCGUUUUGACCUCCAUGUAUUCCCUCACUUUUGGCUUUCCUUCAUCGUUGUCUCAUUUUGUGUCCCUGACCUCAGCAAGUAUUCUGACUGUUCUCUGGUACGUUAAGUCCGGCUAUUCUAAGGCCCAGUAAGACGUUACCUUUAGUCCUAGGUGUGAUACAGUACUGCGUGCUGGAUCAACUAGUAAUCCUGACAAUGACAAUUUUUCAUUAUGAAUGUUGUAGGUUACAAAACGGAGGAGUUGUUCUGAGCCUGUUAAAGUAAUUGCUUUGCCUUUUCUGUUUGCAAAGAGGAAGAUGUGGGUUUUGGAGAGUUAAGAAGAAUAAUGGGAAGUAGAAAUGAGUAUGGGUGAACUUUUGAAAAUUGUUUCAGCUGCUAAGCACUUAACGUAUCAAUUGUGUCCCAAGGCAGACCUUGGCCAAGGCAUUAUGACUUGUUUGUGUAAGCUGUUGAUUUAGGAAUACCUUUCUGAGCAGUGAAAUCUGUAGUAUAGUGUCUCCUAUCCUCUGACUGACGUAGUUAAAAUAUAAGAACUGAGGAUUUCCACCUUUUUCAGAAGUUACCGUAUAUACUCGAGUAUAAGCCGACCCGAAUAUAAGCCGAGGCCCCUAAUUUUACCCCAAAAAGCUGGGAAAACUUAUUGACUCGAGUAUAAGACUAGGGUGGGAAAUGCAGCAGCUACUGGUAAAUUUCUAAAUAAAAUUAGAUCCUAAAAAAAUUAUAUUAAUUGAAUAUUUAUUUACAGUGUGUGUAUAUGAUGUGUGCAGUGUGUAUAUGAGUGCAGUGUGUGUGUAUGAGUGCAGUGUGUGUGUAUGAGUGCAGUGUGUGUGUAUGAGUGCAGUGUGUGUGUAUGAGCGCAGUGUGUGUGUAUGAGUGCGCAGUGUGUGUGUGUGUGUGUGUGUGUGAUGCAGUGUGUGUUUGUGUUGCAGAGCCUUGGUGGGGGGUGGGCAUUUUUAUAAAAAAAUAAAUAAAUAAAUUAAUAUUAUUAGUUAUUAUUUUAAUUUUUUUGGUUAUAUUAUUUUUUUAAUUAUUUUUUUAUUAUUAUUUAUAUUUAUAUAUUCUUAAUAUUAUUUUAAUUUUUUCGUUAUUAUUUUUUUUAUUAUUUUUAUUUAUAUAUUAUUAAUUUAUCUAUUUUUCGUCCCCCCUCCUUGCUUGAUACAUGGCAGGGAGGGGGGCUCUCCUUCCCUGGUGGUACAGUGGCAUUGGCAGUUCAGUGGGGGGAGGAGGGGGGCUGGCAGAGCUGUAACUUGAAUAAAAAAAGAAAAAAAGAAAAAACAAAUAUAUACACAAGAAAUACAAGUGCACCUAACCAACUCAGUGGUAGGAAUAUGCAAAGGUACUUAACUGAGUAUAAGAUGAAUACAGCUUCCCAAGAGGUUUCCCCCAAACGAACCUCAAAUACAGAUAUGUGAAUGGACAAAAUUGGGAUACAGCUGAAUAACUAAAAAACAUAAGAAUACAUAGCACAUAGUGAAGUACCGUCACAAUAAUAAAAUAUAAACCUCAAUGAUUGCACUCACAAAAUAAUGAUGAAUAGUGCGCCUUUAAGCCCUCAAAGGGCUUUAAUAGUAUUCACCCUCCACGGAUCGGUUGCUCUGUCUUCCAAGAAGUGGGAGUAUGCCAAUACAGUAUAAAAAAUCCUUUUAUUGUUGAAGGCACUAACAAGCCUAUAUCAAAAAUCAAUAAUUAAAAUAUAAAAAUAUAAAGAGUACUGCAAACUAACGCGUUUCGUCCAUACAAAUUGGACUUCAUCAGAGAAAAUUUUGCAGUAUACACAGUAUAUAAAAUACAAAGCAUGCAUAAUUCCCACCCCCAACAGAGUCCCUUAAAUAUAACCAGUCCAUAUGUUGAUUGGAGGAUUCCUUCGUAGAAACACCUCUUCAAUAAGGGAAAUUUCUUCCAGGUGGUCUUCACCUUAAAAUUCGCGGCUAAAAACAGCUGAUUAUCUGUCCGUCUAUAUGUUAGUGUUAUGCGUUCCAAAUCUCAACUUCCGGUUGCGUUCCACAUAUGCAUUUCCGGUAACGGAUAUCAAUAGAUGUCACAGACGCUGACGUUGCGUUCCAAGACCGGACCUAUGUGUUCCAAACGACCAGCCAUUCAAGUGGCUGAGAAGACUAAAAAGAACAAUCUUAGAAUAAUCCCAACCAUUGAUACAACCAUUCUCAUAUUACAAAUUCAUAACAAAAGUAGAUCAUCAUCAAAUUAGGGACUUGCAGUACUCUCUUUAUAUUUUAAUUAUUGAUUUUUGAUAUAGGCUUGUUAGUGCCUUCAACAAUAAAAGGAUUUUUUAUACUGUAUUGGCAUACUCCCACUUCUUGGAAGACAGAGCAACCGAUCCGUGGAGGGUGAAUACUAUUGCAGCCCUUUGAGGGCUUAAAGGCGCACUAUUCAUCAUUAUUUUGUGAGUGCAAUCAUUGAGGUUUAUAUUUUAUUAUUGUGACUGUACUUCACUAUGUGCUAUGUAUUCUUAUGUUUUUUAGUUAUUCAGCUGUAUCCCAAUUUUGUCCAUUCACAGAGCUGUAACUUACCUCUCCUGCAGCUCCUGUCAGCUCUCUCCUCCUCCGCACCGGUCCGUGCAGCUCUUCUGUCAGCUCACACUGUUGGUCUCGCGAGAGCCGCACUAUGACCCCGCGGCUCUCGCGAGACUUACACUGGGAGCUGACCGAGGUGCUGCACAGACCGGCGCGGAGGAGGAGAGAGCUGACAGGAGCUGCAGGAGAGGUAAGCGCUCGCUGCCAGCCCCCAGUCUGUAUUAUGGCAAUGUAAAUUAAUGUAAAUUGCCAUAAUACAGACAGUGACUCGAGUAUAAGCCGAGUUGGGGUUUUUCAGCACAAAAAAUGUGCUGAAAAACUCUGCUUAUACUCGAGUAUAUACGGUAAGUGGUUUACAUUUUAUUAAUGUUGUACUCAACAACUUGGUGAUCAUCGCCAUUAAUUAAUUGGUUGAUCAUUUUUCAGAAGGGGUCGACCACACAGAAUAUCCAAGUGAAACAGAUCCCACGUUACCUUCAAGAACGAGACGUCUUCUACCUCAGCUCCCACCCAACGACAAGUCAGAAAUUAGCAAACCAACUAUUUUAGUUUGUUUAGAGUCCUCUACCGAAGUCACUCAAAGACGUGUUAUGGAAGGACAAAUUAAAGAAACUCAUAAUGCACAAAACAGUCUUCUGCUCACUCAAGAGGAGUUGGAUCCAGACAGUCUUAGUGAUGCAAGCAAAUCUGAUGAUGGUGUCAUAACCGAGAGAAAAUGUAGCCAGCUGACCAACCUCUGUAGCAAUGUUUGGAAGAGAGAGGAAACAGUUUGUCCAGAACCACUUGUUCAAAGAGCACCUAAAAUCCUAAGCGAGCAACAAAAAGCCACCAGCUUUUAUGUUGGGAAUGACAGUGCAUUAGGAAACCUUCCACUGGCUAAUUCUGGAGUAAGUCCUAAUGAAAUACACAAAGAAUAUAAAAACCAUGAUAUUCACAUGAAAUCAAAGAAUAACAUUCACUCCAGCCAAGAGCCACAAAGUACACGGCGGGUUGUGAAUUUGCAAAAUAAGAAAGAAAAUGGAUCAUCACGAGAGCCGGUUUCAAUUGUUAGACAGGAAAGUUUUACCAAAGAGAGGGCCAGCAGCAACAUUUUACCGAAUAAACUUCCACAAAUAUCAUCUACCCAUCCUUUGCUUAAAGAUUUAAAUGUUUCAAAACCAGCUCACGAUUACAGUCAGGAGACACGACUAAUUCUUAAAGAAACAGAAACAGCUUUGGCUGCCUUAGAAGCAAAGCUUUUUUCUCAGACACAUAUCGAGGAGUUACAAAAUGUUCCCAACCUGGCAGAGGACACUUCAGGAGAAUCCGACGUGGACACUGCAAGCACGGUCAGUCUGGUUAGUGACAAAAAUGUACCUAGUCAUCCACAGAAAGGUAGGGUAUUAAACCUUCAGAAGGAAAAGUCCUCUUCAACAUCUUCCAUACAGGAUCAAUACAGUCGCUCUACAGCUCGAGAUCGACUGUCUGAAAAACGCAGGACAGGUACUGGGGAAAUUGGGGGCAGGAGAGAGAUGAAUAAGCGGUUUGAAAUGAAGCGUAGUACUGGAGCCCGUGGCUCUUUAGACUUUACAGAUGAAGAACGAUGUACCAGUCUUCCAUACAUACCAGCUGGAGACACUGUUCUAUCAGACUAUGAGCAUUCCUCUUCAAAACCAGUUGCAAGAAGACGACCACUUGCUCAGUCUGUUAAGGAGGAUACAACUAAAAACCUUUCAAAUGCCCAAAAGAUUCAGCAAGCUUUGACACGCUCCAACAGUUUAUCAACUCCGAGGCCUACAAGAGCCUCAAAACUGCGCCGUGCUCGCCUUGGUGAAGCUUCUGAUAAUGAGAGUGCAGAUGCAGAAAGGUCAACUGUAAGUCCAGAAACGUCUUCUGCAAAUUCAUCCUCUGCCAAAAGCUCAACAGAAGUUAAAAAGCUCUCCCGCCUUGAUAUUCUUGCCAUGCCAAGGAAACGGACAGGCUCAUUCAAUGUCCCAAGUGACUCAGAAGUUUCUGCUCCAAGAACAGGGUUUUCAGGACGUAGUGUUGACCACAGUUAUACAACUCGUAAAGCUUCUGUGGCAGAGGUGAAGCAACCAGUGAAGAAACCUGUAGCACCUUUACCUAAGCAACCCUUGACAAGAGCUCGUGCAGGCAGUAUGAAAUACUCUUCCAGCUCAAGUAAGUUUGCAUUGUGCUUUAAUCUUGCUCUAAUAGAUGUAUUAAUUUAUUUUAAAGACACAUUCUAAAGAGUUGUUCUACAUAUUAAUCUUCCUUUUAUAGAUUUCAUGAGUUUAUCUCACAGAUGGCUAAACGUGCAUGUUAUAGGAGAGUUUUUGUGAGUGUUUCUGUCUUGAAAAUGUGACUUGGUAUAGAGAUCAUACUAUUUAUAUGUACAUUGUAUUUCUCUAGUAAUGGCUAAGCUUAGCAAGUAUAGGUCAGACGUGUGUGUAUAUAUGAGGUUAGUCCGUUUAUUAGCCACUUUUAUUAUACAUUUAUUUAAGUUAUAGCUUACAUUCAACCACUUCAUCUCUACAUGUCUGGAUGAUAGGUCAUCAUAAGUCAGUAUGUUUAAAUGGUGCUUUAUUUGAAGACUGAAUUGUUAAAAUUAUAUUUAGUCUUUGUGACUAAAAAGAUAUUGUUAAACCAUCAUACUAAGGAGCCCCCAUCCCUCCUUCUCUUACAAUCAGAAAACAUCUAUUUAUUUUCUGUCACUGAGCUCACACACAAUGAAGUAGAAAAGAGAGCCGAGGUAUCUGCUUACAAUAGGUUAGUAAAUCCACUUUGAGAACCCAAAGUGAAUCUCAAAUUUAAGGUCAAACUUGCCAAAUUGGAAGCAUUCUCAAAUUCAGCUUUGCUUCUUAUUUGGCUACAUUGGAAUUAAAUUUGGAAAUUUACUAUGAAUUCUCACAUUAGUGAAUAACCAUAUCAUUCCAUGAGUCUCUCUGCCUUUUCACAAUAUGAUGUGUUUACCUCUAUCUGUUUGCCAUUGUUUAGCCCAUCAUCAUUUAUCUCUUUUCUUCAUAUUUAUUAAUAAAUAGAGCUCAUAUUCUCUUCUUUUAUUAGUCUGUCUCUUCACCUUGAUCAUUUUUAUUACUGUAUCUGUCUGUCCCUCAUCCCACUCCCAAACUUAUUCCGUCUAUAUCACCUCAUACAUACCCCAUCCUUAAUCUAUUCCUUCUUUAAUUAUGUUUUCCAUUGCAUUAAAGGGACACUAUAGUCACUAGAACAACUAUAGCUUAAUGUAUUUGCUCUGGUGAGCAGAAUCAUUGCCCUCAGGCAUUUUAAUGCAAACACUGUCUUUUCAGAGAACAGGCAGUGUUUACAUUGACCCCUAGGAACACCUCUAGUGGCCAUUCCUCAGAUGGCCACUGGAGGUGCUUCCUGGGGCAGUACUGCACACUGUGACUGACAUUCAGUGUUUCCACCCUCUGGAUGCAGACACUGAACCUUCCUCAUGGAGAUGCAUUGAAUCAGUGCAUCUUUAUGAGGAGGUGCUGAUUGGCCAAGCUUGCAUUUGGUCCUGCCAUAGUCCCACCUCCUUGCCGAUUUCAGCCAAUCCAAUGCUUUCCCUGUGAUAAAUCAUUGGAUUGGCUGAAAUCAUAAAUUCUGAUGGCAGCCAGGAGGUGGAUUGGAAGCGGAGCCAGCCCCGGCGGACCUGCGACGCACUGGAAAUAAGGUAGGUUUUAUUACCUUUUAGGUGGGUUAAGGGGGGGGGGGGCGGGCAAGCCACCUAAAUGGUGGUUUUAACACUAUAUGGACAGGAACACAAACACUCAUUCCUGACCCUAAAGGGUUCCUUUAAGCCUCUAUCCAUAAGCUCCAUGUCUCUCCUCUCAAUAACAUUUAACCAUCUGUGUGCCACCCAUGCUUUCCUCAUUCCAUGUUCCACACCUUGCCUCACUCACUAUUUGAUUACUGUUACAUGUCGAGUGACCGUUCUACACUUCUCCUAGCUCUGCAUCACCCAGGGCUCAGAGCAGAGCUGUGAGAAAUGUCUGUUGCUAGAGGAUACAGAGAUAAUGUCUGCUCUGUCCAUCCAUAGGCUUAUGCAACACAACAACCGAUCGCAUCAAUAAAACAUAUAUACAUACAGGUAAAAAAAGAAACAAAAACAAGCAGGACAGGAAUGUGUAGAUAUCAUUGGUCUGAUUGUAAUAAUUGUACUGUGAUGUAUUUUAAAAAGCUACAGAAACAUUGCAUAUUCAAUAUACAGUGUAAAAAAAGUCUAGUAUCUUAUGAAAAUAAUUCAAAAGAAAAUGCUGCUAUUUGUAGCUGAAAUGGGGAAACGUUUUGAGUUUAGCCUGGAUGGUGUGUCAUGUAAGUCAAUUAAUGAAUUGGUUUUCAUUGUCUUUCUGGUAGCAAUCAAACAGACCUCUCAAAAUUUGGAAUCCUUUUUAAAAAUCUGAUUCUGUUCUACUUAAUUUCUUUUAACACAAUUCUCCUUUUAACUUUAAUAUUUUCUAAUGUAUCAAGAUUAAGAUUAUUUGCAGAAAUGCAUGUAUUUCUUUUGCUAGAUUUUAAAGAAAAUCUGUAAACUCCACACUUAAACUGCCUCUGAAAAUGAUAUAUUUUAAAAUAUCCAUAUAACUUUUUUUUUAUUAUUUUUUCUUUAGUUGGCUGUUUUAAAAAAUAAAUAAAUUCUAAACAUAUAUUCUCAGAUCACAAAAGAAAUACAUUGUGCCUGCAAUAAAUUAAUAAAAUUUCCCAAAUACAAAAUAUGAUUUGGGAAUAAUUGGUUAAUUUCAUACUAUUUUAUGUCUAUUUCUGUAAAUGUUAUCAGGGUCUUCUCUGUUACUGAUCAUCCUCUCCAAAUUAAUUCCAUUUUAAGGCAUUCUGUGUUUUAUCAGAUUUAUUGCAACUUACAUUUUUUGUAACCUAUUACAAAUGUAAAAACUGCACAAAUUCAAAUAAAAAUACUGCACAGAAUCCCUCUAAAUGAGUCUCUCUUGUGGUUAGUAUCUCACUGAUCCUUAACUCUUUCUUUCUCUAAAACCAAUUCAUUUUAUAAGCUUCAAGACGGAGAACUCAGGGUUCAGAUUAUAUAUCAACAUCAGAAGAGGAGUAUGGCUCAAAUCACAGUACCCCUAAACACAAACGCUCCCAUGCUUCAACAGCCACCCAGACUGCAAGGGCCCAUGGUGCUCCUCCUCGACAAAGACACAAUGGCCGUCAAGACGAAGUAGAGGAUGACCACGAAGUUUACAACCAUUUCAUUGCCCAGUCUGCUGAAAUAGCCGAAAUAGCCAGGUAAGAUAUGAGAUUGUAAAUCGCCUGAUAAUCUGGUAACUCUGUCUGUUAAUAGAAAAAGGAGGUGAGGGUUGCGCCAAAGUUAUCAAUAUACAAUAGUAAACAGAACAGUUGGUCUAGAUGAUUAUACAACAGAUAAAAUGGUUAGUCUCACUAAAAUAACGGUGUAAUCCUCAGGAGUCGAUCCGUCCGGAUGAUAAAAUAUUCAUAUAAAAAUCUCGCUAAUAUAAAAGGAUAAAAUAGGGGUGCAAUCCUCAGGAGUUGAUCCGUCCGGAUGGUUAAAAUAUCCAUAUAUGUGGAGAGACAAGGGGAGAUACGACAAGCAGCUGAUAGUGUAAUAUGCCAAAACCCAAGGGUAAAAUAGAUAAAAGGAAGGUAGUAAACUCACAUUUAAAAUAGCUUAAACCAGCUCUGGAGUGAAGGACGUUAAGUGGUACAGUCCCCGCUAUGGGAUACAGUGGAGAGGUGUGUCCGUCAGUCCGGUCUGAAUAUCCAAAGCUCCAAGAUAUAUAAAAUAUAACAAUAGUGCUCUCAAUUUAUAAAAAAUGCAGUGUAAAAUAUAUAAAAUUAUACUCACAAGAACGGUCUGUUAAUGCAUCAUCUCUGUGUCUGAGAGUCUAUUCCAGGAAGAAUCAGCUCAACUCUUAGUUCUUCCAAUAACAAUAAAAUAAGUACCAUUGAGUUUGCUAUUGGUAACAAAAAAUUCAACCCUAAUGUUUUUUAAAUAAAUCUGUGAAAUGCCAAUUCUUUCUGGCAGAGUACUCUGUUAUUUUUUACAGCUAUAUCAAUGAUUAUUAAAAACAAAUGUGGUUCUUCUCAUUGCACAUUAAGGUCCCAAUUCUUAUUUCAUGUCCCUGUUUGGCAGUGGUGGGACAAAUACUUGUGAACACAAGCUUUCGCAGUCUGUACUCACCUGCGCCUAUAGUUUAGCUGCUACCUCAGGGCCGACAAUCGGCAAUACUCACUGCUUUGACAGUCUUGUAGGAUUGGUAAUAGUUUAAUAGAAACACUAUGGGGGAUGUUUAUCAAAGUGUUCUGAAAAGUGUCAUAACUUCCAUUAUUAUUUUGAUCAUAUUUAUAAAAGUGAUCUAAAAAGUAAUGGUUUUCUUCAUAGUAAUUUUGACAGUUGUCAUAGAAAUUUCCAUUUCAUGAGACUGGCAAAUGUAUUAUUGUUAUUAUUGGCAUUUAUAUAGUGCCAACUUAUUCCGUAACGCUUAUAGCUAAGCGAUUACUGGGGUUACCUGUUGAAACAUUGCUAAGAACCUUAUGCUGGAGUACUUUCUAUUUUUGUUUGCAAUUCUACUGGCUUGUAUCCUUGGAAAUUCCAUGGACAAACCAGUCUAUGCAUUCUCUCCUGGUUUAACAAACACAAGGGUUCAGUUUUUAAGGACUCGUUUAAGAUCCUUUGUCUCUUUAUGCCUUCACAAAAACCCAGUUUACAUCCAGCACUGUUUUGUUAAGUGUUACUCAAUUUUCAAUCCAAUUUACAAUCCUCUGUUUUCUUGGUUAGAGUUUGUCACUCGUUUCAACAUUUUAUGUGUAAAUAAGAAUUGAAAUGCAGAAAGAUACAUACAGUACAUCUACGUAUUCCUUUGGUGCCCCUCGCUAAACAAUAAACAACUCCUGUUCCAUAAUUCCCAGCAAUAGGUAAGGGAUAAAUAGUUUAAAGGGACUCUCCAGUGCCAGGAAAACAUGUGCUCACUCCCACCCCCCCAUCCCAUGUUGCUGAAGGGGUUAAAACUUACCGGAGUCCAGCACCGCUGUCCCUCAGCGCUGGGUCAGGCUCCGCCUACUCUUCUCAGCUGAGGACGGUGGGGGAGAUUAGACCUCCCCAUAGGAAAUCAUUAUUCAAUGCUUUCCUAUGGGGAUUUCGGCAACGCUGGAAGUCCUCACAUAGCGUAAGGAUGUCCAGCUUCGCUUAAAACACUUUUCGUGUUCUGAGAACACUGAAGUCCCUCUAGUGGCUGUCUGAUAGACAGCCACUAGAGGAGGAUAGACAGCCACUAGAGGAGGACUUAACCCUGCAAUGUAAUUAUUGCAGUUUAUGAAAACUGCAAUACUUACACUUGCAGUGUUAAGGGUGGUGGGAGUUGGCACCCAGACCACUCCAAUGGGCAGAAGUGGUCUGGGUGCCUGGAGUGUCCCUUUAAGGUCCAGGGGCAGUUUCACUCAUCACAUUGGAUGUGUGGUAUAAAACUAAAACAAUACAGGGCGCCAAAAUCACCAGAUAAAUAAAUAAAAAUAAAAAAGGAUAUGUAUAAUGCAGUUUAUUGAAAAAACUAAAAUAAUGAAUGCACCAACAAUGUGCAAAUAAUAAAACAAAAUAUAUAUAAAAGUUUAAUAAUGGACUAUGUAGCAUAAUGCGUACAAGCAGGCAGAUGUGUACCGUCGCUCUCUGUGCAUACCAUAGUCACUACAGCAAAUGGCUUUUAGUAAAUAGUGAUAUUAAACAGAGGCCCCAGCCAACGCUGCUGCCUCUCGGACUUCGUCAGGAGCUUCUGACGAAGUCCGAGAGACGAAACGCGUUGAGCCACAGUGGGACCCUCCAGUUUUGGUAUCAGCAGUUUCUGCUUUACAAAAUUGUUGCUUAUGAGAUUGUUUGUGGACAUUACUGGUGAAUAUCACUUUUAGAGUGAUGAGAGUUGCACUUUCUCACUUUAUUGCACAGUCUGCACUUUAACAUUUGCACUUUUUGUUAUUCUGAGCUGCUUUACCUAUGGGUCCAUUUGCCUAUUAAGGCUUUUUAUAUAUAUUUUGUUUUAUUAUUUGCACAUUGUUGGUGCAUUCAUUAUUUUAGUUUUUUCAAUAAACUGCAUUAUACAUAUCCUUUUUUAUUUUUAUUUAUUUAUCUGGUGAUUUUGGCGCCCUGUAUUGUUUUAGUUUUAUAUUGUAUGAUUAAGGGUUGAGUGACCUUUUACAGUGGCUUGCCUGCACCUAGAUUACACAGCACCUUACCCAACUUUGAUUUGAUUUUUUAUCAUUGGAUGUGUGGAACUGCUUUAUAAACUGAUAGCAGCCAUAAGUUCAGCUUCUAUUUCUUUACAUAUGGCAUGGGCUAUUUGUUGCUAUCGGCAGAGCCACAGUCCACGGUUCAGUUUCACAUUGAACAGUCAGAACUCUGAGCUGCUUUCAGAGGUGAUAAUAGGCUUAUGUGCUUCUAUAUGCCUUCAGCUUUGCAAUACUUGCAAAAUAAAAAGUAGUACGUGGGAAGAUAAGAAUAUUUAUCAGAUUUUAGAAGUUUUAUUUUUAAUGGUGCAGUGUUUUUGUCAUAAUAUUUGCACUAGUGUCAGGCGUGUCCACUAAUGGUAAGUUCUGACAGCACUAUAUUAUUCUCCUGCUUUAACAUUUACUGAAGCUCAUAAGGAAUAGCACAGCUUUGAAAAUAAGAAAUAAUUCAGAAAUAACUUGAGACCGCUCUAAGUGUGCAAUGCCACAGCACAGUUCAGAAAAUGUAAAACAUGGACCUUUCACAAAAUGUGCAGGUGUGCUUUAAAUCUAAUGUAAUCUUUUAAUCCUCUUGCUUGAUGUCUGCCGUAGAUUAAGUCAAACACUGGUGAAAGAUGUCGCCAGUUUAGCUAGAGAGAUUCACGAUGUAGCAGGGGAUGGCGAUUCUCAAAGCUCGUCCGGGACGGGACAAAGCACUUCUAUCAGUUCCAUACCAAACACUCCAGCUUCAACCAUAUUUGCCCGGGAAGAGGUAAGUCCUCCAUAGUUUGUGAAGAGUUCCUAAUCUGGCCUUCUCUAAUUCCUUUCCUCUCUGUUUUCCAACUAAUACUCUAAAUGCUUUUUCAUUCAUUCACAAGCAUUAAUCCUGCUUGCAUGGGCGCAUGCAUGAACUCAGAUUUGUCUGCCCUUUCGCUUUAUUGCAUGGCUACAUGCUAGAUACGUGUUUUGAAAACCCCAGUGGGCUGCAUCAAUCAGGUUUACAUGUCAGAAAUAGGCAAAUCAUGUUUAGUUAUUUGUUGUUGUUGGCAAUUUGACAUCUGUGAAGUCAUCCAUUAUAUUAUAAUUUUUUUUUUUUUUUUUUGUAUAUUGAUAAUCUAAUUUGACUGCACAUUUGCUGACGGAGUGAAUGAAACAAUUUGUUAUGCUGAAACUAUGACAAUUUGGCACAAAUAAGUAAUCAUCAUUCAUAAAAUUAAUUUGUAGUCCAAAUAAACUCCAACAGAUACUACAAUGCUUUUAUAGGGACAAUAUGAUCACCUUUUAUUUUGCUAUUUAACUUCAAGUACAACAUCAUUGGUUGCUAAAGUAAUCUUAUAUUUGGGUCUGUGCAUCAAACUCUGGGUUCUAUUAAGUUAAAGCAGGUUGGUCUUAUUCUUCAUAAACAUAGAAGUUUUAGAAAAAAACAAGGCAAAUUGUGCCCUUUUCAUCGCAAGAGUUGAUGAGAAGGAUGCGGUCUUGUGCUUUGUGCAACUGAUGCCUGUGGCAUCUGUCCACAUGUUGGACUAUCUGGAGAAGUUCCUGCAAUCUACUGGAAUUUUCCAUGGAUCUUUGUGUGACUCUCACACAUGUGGACAUUAGAAUCAGUUCACCUGAUAUGAGUUCAUAAAAGAAGAUUGUGGCACCAAUAGAGGAAGGGUUGUAGUUGUGUAUCUCACCCUGUUGUCCAACUCAAGGAGGCCUCAUUUCAUAUGGUAGGUGUCUUUGCAGAAAAAAAUAUUAAAUAAUUCCCCAGAUUAAUGAUCCACUUUAAGAUGCACUUCACAAAAACAUUGUGUUAAAAUAGCCAAUAGCUAAACUGCAGAUUUAUUCUCCAGUUGUCUAAAUAUUUGAAAGUUGGUUCUGAGCUUAGUCCCUUCCUAUAAAGUGGGUCCCCCUGGCCGGUCUUAAAGGCUUGCGUUCAGUUGGCAUGGGCUCAGAAUGGUGUAUGCUCUGGGGUACACAUUCAAUGUGUGUGUGUGUGUGUCUGUGUGUGUGUGCACUAACCAAUGCAUGCAGUCACUUGUGAGCAAUCUAAUCAGCUUCAUGGAGUGAACUCGUUGGUUUCAAGAAGCUCUGGGUUAAUUUACUAUGUAGAAUGCUCAGUCAUGAAUUUGUUGAUUAGUGGAGUAAAAAAAUAAAUUGUUUUCUCUAAGUCAGUUUUGCGUUUCACAAAGUUUAAAAUAAAUAAAAAUACAUUUAGAAAAUAGUGUUUUUUUUUUUUUUGUUUGUUUGUUUUUUUAUUACCCGCUGUUUUGCUUUAAGAUGCUUUAAUGUUCUUUGUCAGAUAACUUUAGGUUGAACAUUAGAUGAUGAUGUAUACAGGACAUUGUCUGUCAAUGCAUACAGUGCUUGAGUCCCCAUUGACUUGAUUGAUCUUUGUGCGAAAGCUAUACACAAUUAUAGUCUUGAAAUAAUGGCGUUAUAUAUAACAUCUAAUUAUAGCCUUGAAAGAUGGCGUUAUAGCGUUGGCACAAUUGGGUAAUGCUAUCAGAUUGCAAGGAAAUAGACCCGAAAUAGGAAAACCUUACAUAUUUUUAAAGUGAAAGAAUACAAAUUUUAGAACUAUUAAAAGCAAGUCUUGCGAUCCAUCUAAAGAGCCAUUGCCAAAUUUAAAAAGUGCGCUGUCCAUAGCAGCCUUAAACAUGCCACAUGUUAUCACUUGUGAAUUGUUAGACAGCAUUGGUCGGCAGCGUAAUUCAUAUGUUGCCAUUUAUAACUUCUAACAAAUUAACCACAGACUGUUUUUAAUGGAGUGUGUGCUAAUUUGCACUCCCUGUUUUGUGUUUUUAGAAGAAAUUGCAGUGUACUAGCACCGUAACCACGUUUGUUAAUAAAUUGUGUGUCACUGUAAAUCUAGAAUGGCACAAUGACACUUUACUAUUGCAGAAAAAAAGUACACUCCAGUCCGCUGCCGCCUUCACGUUGGUUUCUAUUGCUCCAUUAGCAAUCAUACAAUAUAUCAAAGCAUACGUGACAGACAGUGACUGAGGGGCACGCAGAGGUUGGGCUUAACAGAGACAUUUCAUUUUAACCAUUCAAGGGUGGGAGAGCAGGGCUGUAUUUUCUGUUGAUGUUCAAGGGGGAUGUCCGUUUAUUCAUCAUCGAAGUACAAAAAGAGAAUUGCCAGAAUUAAAUAAAGAAAUGCAAAUUCCUUUUGAGAACACUAUGUUUCAUUGUUUUUCCUACCUCACUGGUUGUAUUGGUAAUCCCUAAUGUAAGCUGCUGAGGAGCUGUACUAGUGGGAAGUACGUUCAUUAAUGGGACACUCCACUGCCCAAUAAAAAUCACUGUUUCGUAGAUAUAAUAAAAACAUGCAUGCAUUUAGCUAGGUAUUUUUUUUUUUUUUUGUUAGGGGUUCUAUUGUCUACAGCCUUUGCAAGUCUUCUAGCCCCGUCCAGAGUUUCUGUGGCUGUCCAAUCAGAGACUUCCCAAUGCAGCUCAAUGAGAAAUCUUUGUAAGGCAGGUGCUCUGGGCAAUUGCUGCAUCUUGAGUUUAGCUCCGCAGAGCUAAACAAACCAGGACGUAACAGGACCGGUUGUCUGAUUGACAGCCAUGGGGGUGUGAUGGGGUUAAUUUAUAAAAGUGCCAAUUUCUAUUGAAAUCUGCAUUUUUGUAAAAUGAGGAAAAAAAAGAGGACAACAUUCUUAAAACACAAAGCAUUUCAGCAAGCUCAGAUUGGCUUUAGGUGUCCCAAGUGUCCCUUUAAGAGUUAGAAAUUGUUCCUUUGCUAGCCAGUGUAAGCUCUGCAAAGCUAUGAGAUAGUGAAUUGGAAUAUUUAAUUCAAUAUGGUAACAUUAUUAACAUCUACAGCUCCGUUUGUUCUGGCUAGUACUUGGUGUUGAACCAGCAGAAGUAGUUUUUUUGUUUAAUUGCGUUUGAUACCACCAUAACAUUCCCUUUAAAAUCUCAUGCAUUAAAAUGGAUAUAAUGAUAAAUUCCAAGGGCCCAUAUAGUGACAAAAGUGAAUCUCAUAAAUUGCUGUUCCGUUUGUAAAAUGUCUUUGUGUUGGAAUAAAAUAAAUUUAGUCAAUUUCAUCUCCUGUCGUGUCAUCUGUUCAUUCAUUUUUGCAUGUGUUUGUUUUCUUUUCUUUUUUUUUUUGGCACAGAUUUUAAAAAGACAAGGAAAAUACCAAUCACAGGUGCAUUUUCAUUUUCUUUUCUUAUAUUAUUUUAAAAUUGUGUGGACUGUUUUCUACAAUAUGUUUUUGUUACGUCUGCUUUUUGGUGUGCUACAGCUUGUCGCUAUAUACAACUUUCUUUUCAACAUCUUUUUCUUCUAAACUCAAUGCUCAAAAUUCUGAGUCUCUUUGGAAUUUAUGAAGCAUCGGAAAUCAUUCCCAGUCACUUGUAUUCACUUUCUACUUAAAAAUUCCAAAAGAGGAAAUAUCAGAUUUUUAUAGAAGUAUGACUCUUCAGCUGAAUAAAAUGGGGCUAUGUCUAUAUAUGAAAAUAUCUUUAUUGUAGAGUUGCUUACCUCAGUGUUUCUCUGCUCUGAUUCUGUAUGUAACGUACAUCCAAAACCAAAUCUUGCUUGUGGUAUUUAUUAAUUUUAUUUGUUAUUCUAGAUCGUUAGUAUUUCUUUAAUUUAUUUUUCUUUGCCGAUCCAACAGAAAUAAAUGCACGUGUCUUAAAGAACCACCAAAGGCAGGGCCCACUUCAUCUCAAUGAAGUUGUGUGGGUGCACUGGUCCUUUGGCGUACUCUGCAGACCUAAAUACGCUUCUAGUUGUUGUCUUUGUGACGGCCACUAGAGGUGUUUCUAUUGUAAGAACAGAGUUAAACUCUGUUCUCACAUCUAACCUUUUGAUUUGAGGAGCACACAGCUGGCCACGCAUGCACUUUUCAUUCGAAUGCUUCUCUAUGAGGAGCAUUGGGACAAAAAGUGCAUGAACGACCAGCUGUGAGGAGCAUUGGACCUUUAGAAGUGUUGGCAUGAUAUUGUGAGAAGCCGAUCAAGUGGCUGAAGGACUCUAUUUUGGCUCUGGAAAAAAAGGUAACUAAUAUCCUUUAUUCCAGUUUUUAUUUACAUUUAAGGGUGGCCAUGAAUCUAAAUAAAGAGAAGGACACUCUAACGUUGGCGGCCAGGUUUGUUUUCUUAACAUUACAGUGUUCUUUUAAACCAAAAGAAGUAUGGAUAGAAACCCAGUUAGAUUCCUAGUUAAUUUUGCCUCGCUGCCUGAAAAAAAAUAUUAUUACCUAUUUAAUUACUGUGGAAUAAAAAAAAACAUGCACAUUCACAUUUGGAGACCACUAACUAGUUCUUCUUUAAUGUUGUUGGGUCCAAUCCUUAACUGAAUCAGAGCAGUUGGUACACUGAGUUAAGUAACCUAGUCAUAGAACUCACCACUUUUUAGUUGGUUGGAAAAUUAGACAAUCGUUUUAUGUGCGAUGAUACUUCCUCUUUUCAGAAUUUUUCUUUGUUCUUUUUUACGUGAAUCAAGCACUGUAAAUCACCUGGAAAAUGUCUGCCAUUUAAUUUCUAAAAGUUGGUUUCCUGUUCAUUAAGUUGGUGCACCACAUCCCAGAAGCAAGUCUGAACUACCAGAAAGUCCCUCCCGGUUCAAUGGGAUUUAAGGAUUUUGACCAAAACAUGAAUGAUAGCCGUGAAGAUGAUCCUUUAAAGAGAAGAGCUAGAAAUAGAGAGGAGGUUGGUAUCCUUAUUUUUGUUUUGUUCCUCUCUAUGGCUCAAUAGAGGUGUUUUUUUUUUUUUUUUUGGUGGGAUAAAUAAUAUACUGUGACGGAAGACUCAAAACAUGCUAGCUUCAAAUUUUACAGUGAGCAAGAUUAACAAGUUUUAUAGCCAUGUAACGAAGUCUAUGGUCAAUGGCUAUGUUUGGAUGGCAGACAUGCACACAAGGAUAUAAUUGAAAACUGCCUUCUUUUCAGUAAGUUAGACAACAGAAUAAUUUGGUUUAGUACUAUACAUAUCGGGGAACCUUUAGGCUUUAAAAGAUCAAGAUUUUAAUGUGUUUGAACAUGAAAUGGAAAUGGAGCCACUGUCCUGCUGCGUAGAGCUGAAAUGUAGUCUGAAUUCUCACACAAUUGUUACACUUAAGAAAGCUCCAAGGUGGGGGCGAUGCACGUUACCAGUGACAUCAUCGGCGACAACAACUGCAAGUGGUGUAAGGCUGCGGAGAAAAGCUCUUCCAAUAAUCAAACCUGAUCGGAGUAGUUUUUAAUUUGUAAAGUUUUAUUUUUAUAUUAAUAUAUGCGAGUAACAAUAAAGUGUUUGGGAUCUAAGACGUUCUGCCAUUGGUGUCUUUAUGCAUUUGGAUCCACCAAUAACGAGGAUCUGAUCUUCUCUGUGCGAAGUUCCCCUCUACAUUUGUGAGUUUGUUUCAUGUGGGAUGUGGGCGAUUGUGUUAGUUAUGAACAUUGUUUGUUGAUGAUAUAUUUUAUGAAGGAAGAAAAUGCAUAGAAAAAUUCCAUAAGUAUAACUGUUCAGCGCGCCAGUUUAAUUAUUUCAAAGUACAAUAUGCUAGAAAUGGGUAAUGCCUUGACUUCGAGGAAUUGUACACCCCUACAUAAAAAUAUAUAUGUUAGGAAAUACCAUUAAGGUGACCUGAUAAUACCUAGCCAAGAAUAUGGAGAGUUGGACCUGCGUGGAACAAUUGCAAACUAAACACCGUAUCAAGUCAGAGAACGAUUCUAGUUUAAUAUUAGAUAGAUGGUAACAUUGUCUGAGGUGGUGUUGCCUGUUUGGGAUUCUUGGCCUUGGAAAAUACUUUUAGGACCGAUUUAUUUUUGAGUGUUUUAAAAUAUAGAUUUCACAGGGUUAUUUCAUUUGGCUCUUCUCUAUUGCAGAGUGCUUUAAUUAAUCACUAUGGUUUAUCAAACAGACUGAAGUUCUGCACUGGUGUAGAAUUUGCAGAUGUCCUCAUAAACAGUCUUGCAAUGGCCAAGAGCCAGUUAAGUCCAGGCAUGGUCAUUGUCGUAGUCCAUGGCCAAAAUAGAAGUCAAGCUACUUUUUAAAACUUUGGUCAAGUAACCAAUUGUACAGUUGCCAACACAUCCAACUGAAUGCAGAAGGAUCGGAAACUUCCAUCUUCUAUAUGUGAAUGAGCCAAACAUUGGGGCAGCAAAUGUGGUCAACAAGACACCUGCAUGGCUGAGACAAUAGUGGUGUUAACCAAACCUGAUCUUGGUUUAAACAACCUUAGUAUAGUAUUUCCGUGUGAAAAUUCUCUUUGCUUCAACAAAAUAGUUGAAUCGUGAUUAUUUGUUCCUUUAUGGCCCUAUAUCUCACAAAGCUUUAUAUUGUUUUUUUUCUCUCCACCUUUUCCCCAUUCCAGUUGAUAUUUGAAGAUAUUAAAAUCUUGCAAGUCUGUGUUUUACAAUAAACUAUGCAUGCCGUUCAGAGUUUUUUUUUUUAAGAAAUAUGGAUUUAUUUUAUAUACUUUUGUCUAUAUACUCAUGUAACUGGGAAAACCUGUAAAUAGGACUUGGCUCUCCUUGCAGUGAAUCCAAUUUCUUAAAAAAAUAAAUACAAAAAAUAGUACUUUAAAUGUUAAUGACAUUACCCACUCUUUGUCACAGCUUUUACUUAGAUAGUUAAAUAACAAUGAUCCAAACUCUGUGUAAUGAACUUGUAUAUAUGACUUCUUGUCAGUACUGUAUUGCAGUGUCUGCUAUAAAUGUGUAUAGUAUUGGAGUUAUAUGAAGGGCUGCUCUUUGUGUUUGUUUUUUGUCAUGUCGUAAAGUGGAGUCUGUUUAUGGAUUGUAUAUGCACAUGUUUGCUUAUUUUCAUGCAAGCUUUUUUUCAUGUGAACGAUUAACCCGUUUGACAUAUUACUUGUUUGAACUGUCACGGUAUAAAGAUUUACCUAACCUCUCAUCCAUUUACAAUAACCAUAGAAAAGAAUUUGAUGUUUAUGUAAAUGAUAAGGAAGGUUUUACCACCAUGGUGGAGGACCGAAUAAGCAGAAUGUACUCUGUUUAAAGCUCUUGUAGCAGGUUUAAAUCCAUUUUAAAUUUAUACUGAAACCCCACCCACUCUUUCCUCCAAUGCACCCCUUUCUUUUUCCUGUUGCAUUUUGCCAUUUAGUCUUUAUUCUUUCUCAUUCUAUCUUUUGUUUUGUUUUUUUAUAUAAAUAGUGUUCUGAAUCCCGCCACACCCUGCUCUCUAUUUGUCCUAUACUUUCCCUCUUCUUGUUUUUUAUUUUAUUUUACUUUGUGUAUCCAUCUCCUGCCGAGCGGCUAUCUUUGCAUUUAUUCUGCACAUUCUAAAUUUGUCUGUCCUCCAGUCUGCCUGAAUGUGCUUCCUCUCCUUUCCUUACGUGUGUUGUCUCUCCUCCAGUCUGCUUCCUGCCUACCCUUGUUUCUGCUUCAUCCUGUUACCCUUCCUCUAAUUUAAUUUCCACCAUUGUAUUCAACUCCUACCAUUGUCUCUUCUCGUUCCUACUCUAUCAUUCUCUUUAACAAAGCACAAGAGGCUGGUGGCUUUUGUAGAAAGAGCAUGAACAGUAGGGCAUAAACUUAGUUUUAUCGUCGUUUAGGAAUACAGUCAGGAGGUAUGUUCUUACACAAUGUUGUACGUGCAUAGGAUUGUCUUCUAACAAAGGUGAUGGAGAAAGUGUAAGAGUUUAGAAACCUAAAAUAAACAUAUUGCAAUGAUGAGCUCCAUGCAAAAUGCAAAAAGAAUCCCGUGCAAACUAGAUAGAGAUAAACUAAAUCUGUUUUGAUGCUGCUCUUCAUUCUGGUUUUUAUCUCGACUUUUUCCUCCAUUCUGUUUUCUUUCUAAAAUGUCCUACACCCAAACUCCUGCUUGCGUUCCUCCAUUUGUGCUUGUUUUUCCCCUAUGACCUUGCCACUGCACCCUAACCCAACUAAAUCCCUCUCUGUCCUUAUAAUUGUUACACAAGUGGAAACAUUUAUUUUAAGUCCAAAUACAGUUCCUGGUAGUCAUCAAACGAUUCAAUUCCAAAUCGUUUUACCUGUGGAGUCUACAGAUGAAAUCGAUUGGGAAUUGGUUUCUUCCUGUAUGGAUGAACAUGAAUUUUAUGUGGAUUUGCUUCAAAUGUUUGCACUUGUCCAAUAUUUGUCACUGUUUCUCAUGCGGCCUUAUUUCUGCACUCUAUGAUCUACAUCUUCGUUACUCUCUUGAGGUUCCAUUUGUUCUCCAUUCUAGCCCCUCACAUUUUCUUCUUUUCCCAUUCCCAACUUUAUGCUGAGUACGAACUUAGAUUGCAAGAGUUAUUUGUAUAGCUUGAAAAAUGGAAUUCUCCGAACGUGACCACUGGACACAUUGAGAAGUAUUUCCACUAAAUGGGGAAUUAUGGAGAGUCUAACUGAGAUAAAUAAAUUAUAAGCUUGCAAAGACAAGUUCCAACAUAUUUUUCCAUUUUUAAAAUUUUGACUUAAAAUUUGUAAUUAACUUGUUUGUUCCUCACAAUUCCCAGUUUAGUGAGUUCAAACCCCAUUGUGUCCGAAUACUUAAAUAUAUUGUCUUUUUUUUUUUUUUUUCAGUAUAAAAAUACAGGUAUCCUUACCUAUCAUGAUCCAGAAACAUUGUUAUGACUUAUGACAAAGACAGAGCGUACUGACACAUAUUUUUUACUUUUUAGGUUAUUUUUGACAAUCUGAUGCUGAAUCCCGUAUCACAGCUAUCGCAUACCAUAUGUACAAAUACCGAAGUCCUAACUGAAAAGAUGAAGUAGGUUAAGCAUUUAAAACCACCAUUCUCUUACUUUAUUUAUUUAUGUUAUUUGCCUUCUCAUUUUGCUUACUUUUUUGAUUCAAGGUAAUUCAUAUUCGUUCUUUAUUUCAGAAUUUUAUUUCAAAAUAAAGAGAAAAGUUGGGAAGACAUUGAGGCAAAAAUAAACUCUGAAAACGAAAUUCCAAUUCUGAAAACCUCAAACAAGGUACAUAAAUAUUUAUAUUGCAUGAACUUUUGUAUAACGUAAAAAUCUGAAAAGGUGUUUGGGUGGGUUUGAAGUGGUGGUUUAGCACACAUAAACCAGAUAAGCCACCACCACCACUACGCUUACAUUUCACACAUUUUUGGCAUAGAUCAGCAAGCUGAAACUGACUUGUGUAUAUAUUCUUAAAGAAAAGUUAGGGUGAGAAAUCCACUCACAAAAAGUAGGUGGAAAAUCCAACCCAAGAAAAUAUACCUCCUAAUGUUAAACGUCACAUUAAUAAAAUAAGAAAAUCUUUAUUGAACAAAAUAAUAAUAAAUAAACCGAAAAAUAUGUAGUGAAAAGGUAUAGACCAACACCUAUUAAAAGCCUGGGUGUAUAAAGACCUAACGAUUAAUCCGUUAAAUAGAGGAAGUGUAUACUGUCUUUAAUAAGAAAAUUUAGAAAAUCCUCAACAAGCUAAGUAAUGAAUGGCACCACGGUCUAUUAGGAUAUUCAAGUGAAAAAAUGUCAGCCCACAGGAGAGAAAGAGCCCGGCUCACAAAACCAGGAAAUGGUCUCUCGGCUAAAUGUCUAAGAGGAUAGCCAGGAGAGAGAGUUAGUAGUAAAAUAAGAAACUGCGGUACUAGCAUAUAAGUUGCCCUUAGUCUGAUCAAAAGAAAAGAGGGGAGGGAGAAUGUAACCUCUAAAGGGUCCAAAGGAAUAUUGAUAUGUAUAUAUUCCUAACCCACGGCUGCUCCCAGAAGUGGCAAAAGCUGUUUUAUUUAUAAAGUAUGUGUAUGUAUACAUAGUUAUAUGUAUGCAUAUAUAACACUGUAUAUAUAUAUAUAUAUGUAUAUAUUCCUAACCCACGGCUGCUCCCAGAAGUGGCAAAAGCGGUUUUAUUUAUAAAGUAUGUGUAUGUAUACAUAGUUAUAUGUAUGCAUAUAUAACACUGUAUAUAUAUGUAUAUGUAUAUAUUCCUAACCCACGGCUGCUCCCAGAAGUGGCAAAAGCGGUUUUAUUUAUAAAGUAUGUGUAUGUAUACAUAGUUAUAUGUAUGCAUAUAUAACACUAAACAUACAUUCCUUUUAAGAUCCUGUUUCAUUCACCUCUCUAGUGUAUUUUAAAACCGAACCAACACAUUUUAACCAAAUACGCUAAAAAUAAAGUUAGCUUUAUUUAGACCUGCUUCUUUGGCUAUGUACAUUAUGGCCUUAUACUUGGAUAUAAUUCAGCUAUUUAUGGUGAAUUGUGGUUGACCGCUAUCUUGAGAACUUUGGUCAACAAGUCACUACCAGUAUUUGAUAAAUGAAUAUUUAUAAUGAACAGACUUUUUAGUAGGGUCAAAUUAACAAAUAUGUUUCUUUUCUCUUAUCAGGAAAUCAGCUGCAUUCUAAACGAGUUACGCAGGGUUCAGAAAAAAUUGGAAGGUUAGUUUUGCAAAUUUUCAGUUUUUGCAAUGUGCAUUUUUUGUUUCAAAAUGAAAAACAUAAUUAAAUCUACCCCCUCCUCCAUGUGCUUCUUUCCUCUCAGUUAUAAAUGCGAUAAUAGACCCUGCGGGACAUUUAGAAGUCUACACAACCGCCAAGACUUCAUCUCCUGUUCGCUCUUCAACAAGUCAAUCUAGGACUAACAGUUCUACCACUAGGACGGAACCACGUCCUCCAGUUCUUGUCAGAAACUACAUCCAGAAGUCAAGCUCUGGCUCCUCUAGGUCCCUGGAAUCCAGCUUUGGGAGAGACGAGGAUGACCCAUACGCUGUUUGA